AUGCGCCGCGCCGGGGCUCAUGAUUUCUCCAUCGUCCUGGCCGCCGCCGUUUGUUGUUUUAUCGGCCAACUGACGCUCGGCAUCCACAUAAGUAAGCCCGUAUACGUUGUGUUGCUGUUAUUAUUAUUUUAUCGGCGCGCACACCUCGCCGGUACGCCGUAUACGACCGGGUACGCGGUAUUAGCGGCACGGUGGCGGUCGCGGUCGCGGUACAGCGGCUCGGGUAUUACGUACGCGGGGUUGGCGGGGGCGUCGUGGGAGAGGAACGCGUCUUGGUCCAUCUGGCGGAGAUCGUUCUCCCCGUUCCCGUCACCUCACCGCCGAGUUAUUGGCCUCCGUCGCCGGCUGUCGCUGUUCGCCCCCCUCCCCCCUCCCCUCGCGGUGUCUCCGCUCCCCGGGGUUAAUAACGAAACAAUAAAAACCGUCUACCACACCGCCCGCCGCGACCGCUAUGAUGCGCGGCGCGGGCGAAUUUCGCACGGCCGAACGCUCGCGCACACACGCCGACGUGUGUGUAUUAUUAUGAUUUCGCGUACACUCGUACGCAUAUACAGGGCGAUUGUUUUUUCGCGAACCUGCGAUUAACCGUACGCCGAAUCAACCGGCGAAUCCGCGGCGCGUAUCGUCACGCCAUUAGAGUGUACCUCUGUAUAGAGAACCGCUUGACCGCGAAGCGGCGUACGAUAUUUUCGCGAAUCCGAUAGCCCGUACAGACACUGGUAAACUCGUGGAAAUCCGUUCGUGCAAACAGCGAACAAUUAUUUCGGGUUUUCAUUUUGUUCAGAUUCGGAGCGUACCGAGGAACGUAUCGGUUUUCCAAAGACGUUUGAUUUUGUUUUAUUGCGCGAACAACUUUUCACCAGAAAUAUUGCUCGGAUGUUUCAAGUGUAGCACAUAUCCCGAGAGGAAAUUUUAUUCGAUCGGUACUUUGAAGAGGUCGUUUUUUGUUUGAUAUUUAAAAAAAUAUUGUUUUCAUAAUAAUCGGGAAACUUAUACGAGAAACUUCGCUCCAAAUCGUUUUUCAUAAGCAGUAGUUUAUCGUCGUAUAAAUUAAAUUCCCCUUUAUAAAUCCUCGCUACUCAAUCACUCACCUAAAAUAUGUACUCCUAUCCAUCGUGCGAAGUAGGUGUCCGUCUUUUUUAAAUUUUUUUUUUUUUUUUUUAAUAACGAUUUGCGUAUUAGACGUCGGUCGCCGGUACACGUGUCGUCGACGUCGACGAGCUUAUCGUCACCGCGAAAACCGACGAGGUCGCGAAAUGCGAAAAAUGCGUGUAAAUUUUGAAAAAAAAAAACUCGCGAUCACCCCGUACACACGUGUGUACCGACGGCCGUAGUCGUUCUCGGAGUUGCCGGAGUAAUCCGAACUCGGGGUCGGUCAGCGGCUGGGCGAUUUUCUGGCGGCGGUGAAAUUCAAGCGCGGUCUCUCGCCCCUCUCGCCGCCUCGCGGAAUAAUAAAGCCGUUUUGCGCCCGCGACCAUUAAAUUCAAAGUGCGCCGCCACUGGGUGCACCGGGAUAUCGUAUAACUCGCGCGAUACACGCGGUUUCCCCCCAAGUACACGUCUAAUGCCCGAAACGCGAACGCCGUGAACCUCCGGCCAUGUUAUACGCGCCCGUUUCGAGAGGUGUAUAAUAAUAUCCGAAACGGAAGGACCCCGCGGCCGGCGUGCCUAUCGUAUGGUUUUUUUCUCCGCCGUGUACAUUUUUACGACGGAAACGCGCCGUUCUUCUUUAAUGCCGUUGUCGUUUUCGCCCGGCGUUGUCCGUACGUUUCUCUCCCCCCCCCCCCCCCCCCCUCACCCACCCUUCCGGCAACGAAAGCCGAUCGGAAGGCCGCGGCGCUUUUCCGUUUGGAAUAUUCCUCGGGCACAAGUGAUGGGGACCGAAAACGGAAUUCCGACAAGACCCGCCGACGUGUAUGAUAAUGAAAUAACAAUACUGCGUGUUGCCUACGCGGCGCCGUCGCGGUACGGUUCGAAACCGUAGUUGGCCUCGUUAAAAAAGGCUGCAUCCGAGUCGGGUCCCGGGCAGGCCUGUAGUCAGAUCAGUUUUUCAAGGAGGGCGAACCUAGUUGUAAAAUGGACGUUAGGAAAAAACAAUAUUACGGCUCUUCACUCUCGUAUCUUAUUUCCGAUAUAACGAUUAAUUCGAAAAUUUCCGUAUUCCGAUAAACGAUUUAGGGAGGGCAGAGAUCGGGUAUAUGGGUGGAAACACUUCCUAUUGCCAACCGUGGAUCCGACCUUGGUCCCGGACCCUAGUGAUUUCCAUAGGUAGUACACUAGUCGGAUCCCAAUCAAUUUCCAAGUGCUAUCCUGAUUGGGUCCCGGCUUUCGGUAGAUAAUAUUAUACUAGUUGGGUCUUAACAUUUAAAAGCAAUGCAAAUAUUUUCCUUCUUAUUUUUACAGACUUAGGACUUUGGAUUCAUUUCGCCAAUGAUUUUUUUUUUCUGCCGUUUAAUCAUUUAAACAUUUUUCUUUUCGUAAAAUACAAUUUUCGGUCGUUUUUUUGGAACUUCUCAUUUUGUAAUUCAAUGUAAUUCGGGUACUUUUUAAAACUUCUUUCUACCGGUAGAUUUUUAGACGAAUAUAACGUAUUAUAUUUUUCUGAACUUCUAUACUAUUGCAUUAGUUAAUAUUAAUAUUAUGGCACUAGACGACUAGUUUACUGCCCGCAUUAACUUGGGAUCCAACUAGUGUAGAUUUUUGAACGUGAUGAUAAACCAUUGCUGACGAAAAACGAUUCUAAACAGAGUAUUAUUAGUCAUUGUAUUAAUCGUAUUAAUCAUUAUUAGUCGAAUUAAUUCGGAAAUCGAUAAUAAAUGAUAUUAAAAAUGUCCGGGUUUUCAAUUUUUUUUUUUAAAAAAGUAGAUUUUAUACUCGGAAACAUGUUCGUUAAAAAUAAAAGAACGCAUAGUAAAGCCAAUACGUUCAUCCUUUCGCUCAAAAUCUAAAAUGCGUUAAUUUUCCGGUCGUCAAAUUUAUGUUCCUGAUAUCCCUGUCGGUCCAUUUCGAAUCGAUUAUAAAAUCAAGAAGAUAAUAAUCAACAAUAGGUUGUUAAAAAAAAAAAAACCGAAAUCGCGGAAAAAGACACUUCAGCAUAAUAUAAGGUAUAAUUUAAAUUCGAAUCAGACACACAAAUAAUACAAUAAUACUUUUAUCUGUAUCCCGUAAUCCAGUCAUUUAUUAUUAUUUUUUUUUUUUUCAUGAGACACGGAUAAUAUUAUAACUGACACAACGCACUGAUCGUCUCUUUAUGUUUAAUACCGUCAUCUAAUUUUGUAAAAUUUAAUCACACAUAUUACGGCUAUUCGUUUUUAUAUCAAAUUGAAUGGCUGCUUUAUGAAAUUAUCGCCAUCUGUCUUACUGAUAUUUACUCGAUUUCACAUAACACGACAUCAUCGAUCGAUGAAAUUAUUAUCACGUUGUCUCCUCCUAAUUUGACGGCUUAAAAUUAUUUUCUUUAAAACGCCAAUCGCAUAUAGACGACAAUCGAAUUCACUUGGAUUUGUCCGUCCUGUCCGACAAUUACCAAUACGAAUUAAUCGUUACUCUCGUAAAUUGUAUUAUUUUCAACGACUGUUUUGGAUUUUCAAAUCGAUUUCUUAUUGAAAACUUGAUAUUUUUCAACGUUACGACGACAUAACGACUUAGAACAGACGAUUGAAAUAUAAACUGUAAAAUGUCAGUACAAAUAACACGCAUUUCUCGUUUUAUUAUCUUAAUAGUGAACACGUUUCUUUUUUAAUCGAGUUUUUACGAAAUUAGAAUUGUUUUACAUAAUUUCGUUUGAGUAUAAACGAUUUUUUCUACCGUUUCAAAAAAAAAGAAAAAAAACAUUCUCGCAAACAGGAUGCCGCGUGGUUCCACGAUAUUAUUAUAAUUUAUUGUAAUAGUAUUAUAUCAAAAAGUAAGCAUCGCGCCUCGAUUACAAUAUGAUUACAUGUAAAAACAUCGACUUACAGAGAGGGAAAAAACAGAUGUUUUCAAGUGCUUACCUAGCGGGAAUGACCAACAUAAUAUUGAAAUAUCGGUUUAUAGAUAUGACCCCGUUCGAUACAGACGAUUGUCUUCUUAAAGAAUAACCGACGGUACAUGCAAGAUUUCAUUGUGUUAAAUGUCGCACUUAGAAUAUUUAAACGAAAAAAAAACCACAAACUCAUCAUUGUAAAACGAUAUAAUACAAUGAAUUCGAUAAACCGAUAUAUAUUUUUUCUCCGUCUGAAGUAUCGAUGAUCGAUAUUAUAACUUCUAUAAUGGCAAAUCCUACGUAAAUUAAAUCGAAUAUCAAAUAAAACGAUUGGCGUAUUACUACUUGAAAAGGCUCUAUCAACCGAUAUCUACCAAUCAAACAUAACGAUUUAAACUCAUAUAUAGAAUUAAUUUCGAAAUGUAAUUUUCAACUCCUUUCUCCAAAUACUUUUCUCGUGUAAAUAUUAUUAUAAUACGUACGCAACAACAAUGCGGUUCGCGAGCUUAUUUCCCUUGAAACUAAUGUCGUUUAGAUACACGGUGAUUAAUUCCGACAUAGUAUAUAAUAUUCGUGUUCAAACUUUUUAUCGUCUAAUAGCCGUAUAUAAUAUAUUAUAUUACACGAGCACUCGGUGUAUAAAUUACUAUUAAAAUCGUCCAAGUUUGUUAAACUCGUAAGACUUACUGCAGUUAUCUGCUGCGAAUAUAGACAAGUUUGCAAAACGAAAUUAAAGACAGCGAACCGGCUAAAUUGCGUAAAAACUAUACAACAACCAUUUCGAGAACGACCGUACGUACACAUACCGUAUAACCGAACGAGAACAUCUUCGAACAUCUUCAAAUUAACCGCGUGAACGCAACGUGCAUUAAUUUAUCGUUAAAUAAUAUUACUAUCGUGCGAUACGAUAAUACAAUAAGCGCGUUUCAUUAAACGAGUGUUAUACACAAUAAAAGUGCUUAUGUUUCGAAACGGAUUUCCAGAUUUGUUUUGAAAGAAAUAAUAAGCUAAGCGUGCAGGUAGUAUUAGUCAGGUAGGUACCGAUGUAUUUGUUGCGAAAUUGAUUUAGGUGAAACACGCGAUGGUGUGAAAUGUGCGGUUUCGGUGUAUUGGUAAUUAAGUUGCGUUUUUCUAAUUUUCUCUCGUUCCGAUUAAAACAAACGCUUGCGUUGAAAGCGGUUAAAGGUGAAAAAGUAAAUUUUUAAAACAGGGGUUGCGUUUUAGGUGGGAAGUUUAAAGGUAGGAUAUGUAAUUUAGUUUAAAAAAUUAAACAAAGGUUGAUAACUUUCGUAAACAAGAUAACAAGUGAAACAUUAACGGAGAACAAGAUACAAUAUUAUAAAGAGCCGCAAAAAUAAACACAAGAAUGUAAGAAGGAUAAAACGUAUAUAUAAAAAAAAAAAUAGAAUUCAAUUAUACGUUUGUAAUGUCUGCAAAAAUUCUCGAUGAGUCGUAUAACGAACGAAGAAGAAGAACAUGGUAGUUCUGAUUCCUGAACACAACUAUAUGUUAUGUAUACUUAAUCAUUAUCUGAUCUUCGAACACUUAUAACGAAAACAAAUGUGUGAUUUUAUGUGUAACUUUUUAGUUGCCAGUAAAAACAAUAACAUUAUUUCCUAAUGAUUCUAAUGACCAUAAGUAAAGAGACUACAGUGUUAAUAACUUUUAAAAGAAAGAUUCUUGUUUAACUGUAUGUAUAUAUAUAUACGAUACGAAAACAGGAAAGUAUGAAAGGAAAACUAACGUGGACAUCGGACGGUACCGAGGAAAGUACAAUGAUACCAGUAGCACCUAUUUAGCAAUGAAAAUACUAAAAUUUGCAAGAUUAAUUUAAGAAGGUUCAAUGCCUGAGGUGUAUGGGUUAUAUGUUAUAACAAAACCUCCCAAUCCACUCUUAAAAAGGAAAAAGAAAUAAUAAUCAAUGUACUCGAAAUAUUGUGUUCAUUCGGUUCAGGAAAAAUAAAAUAAACAAUUCAAAUUCAAAACACUAUUGUAACGUGGGAUAAGUUUGAAGAUAGCAAAGGCAGAAUAGCAUAUUUUACACUAUUCAAAUUCUUCAAAUCCAAUCUACUUUUCAAGAAAAACUAAAUCAAGAUAAUAUACUAUAAUAGUUAGAUCAUAGACAAAAAUAUGGAAAACGACAAAUAUCUACAUAUAUGUCCUUGUGUAAGAAGAUGUAGAACGUUCGAAAAAAAAAAUAUUGAGAAUAAUAUGCGGACCGGUUCGUGGCACCGAACAUGGACAGAGUGAGAAGGUAAAGGAGAAAUUGACCUUAGUCCCACUCACUAAAUACGUUAGAGACGAAGACCGCAGCAGCUGAUACAUGAGAAGAAGCGACGAAGAAACCACCGGAGCCGUUACGGAACGGAAACCGCAGUAGCGAAAAGACUUCGAGACAGUACAAGAGGAUCGCGAGACUCCGGGAGCGCGAAAACGGUAAGAAAUCGUCGGAGAUCGGGAAAACGGAGCGGCAUAGUAAUAGGAAGGAGGGGGAAAAGACUCUAAUGAGUUUCUCCGCGAGAUCGCAGAAGAAGAAAUCGAUGUUAUCGUAAUAUACGGUUCGCCCGACCCGUGCCACAUAAAUUGUUGAUAUUAUUUAAAAAAGAACUCGCCGCGAACCGGGGAAGAUAGCGAUUGUCCGACGACAAUAUGACGGGACGCUACACGGGCCGGUGCGGCCGGUCGAGGAGCGGACGAACGUUUCGAAUAAUAAGCUUUGCGCGGGGAUUAAAAUUAUUUAGAGCCACCUCGGAGGGUCACACUGCAACGGCGCGUAAUGGAUUUCCCCGCACUAAUAAUACACACACGCACGGGUCACGGGCGUCUAAAUCGUCAUCGGUUCCGCGGCCGUUUUAUAAUAUUAUUGUCGGUCGGGUCCCCGUGAAUAAUUUAACCGAGAAUUCGCGUAUAAUAUAAUAACGGCGGUGACGAUAGCGACGUCCCCGCGAAAUAAUAAUAAUAAUAUAUGUACAAGUGUCCCGUUAAUCUGAUCGCGUAAGAGGAUUUCAAAUUAUUAUAAUAUAUACGCGAGAAACGCGUACGUGUGUACGUGUGUGCAUUAUAUUGUUUUUAAAUCCGGGGAAUACUUCGCGGGAGAGGACAUGUGUAAACGGACACACGAUAAGGUUCGCGACGGGGGGGGGGGGUUAUUUACAAAAAAAAAAUACAAAAUACAAAACAAAAAAAAAAAAAUAAAAACGAGGGCUCUUUAUUUUUAUUAUGCGUACGCGGGACAUAAUGAAAUAUAUACGAUGGAAAAAAAAUGUAUACAUUAUGCACUCACUUUAUUUGCCACCGCGCGCGAGUAUUUUUUUUUUUUUUGCCAGACGUUCUCCUUCCUUCGGGGCAAGGUACGCGGCGCGCGGGAAACGAGAGACCAAAAAAAGAAAAAAGGCUGAGAGAAAAUCCCUUCAGCAGCAGCUGGACGUUCAAAAGCGACUCGCACGGCGACGGCGUGUGAGGGAUGAAAUGAAAAACACUACACCGUAGUAGUGUAAACAUUUUUUUUUUUGUGUAAAUUUUGACAUUAAAAAACGGUUUAUACACUAUCGCCCGUUUUCAUUUUUUUUUUCCAAUUAUUAUCUCGACGGUAAAAAUACAUAUCAGGUUUAUCGGAAAAUUGGGCAAUUCGCGCCGCGUGAUGGAUAAUUGAAUUAGCCACUCGACUUUAUACACACUAAAGGACCCCGCGUGACACAUGACCCGAAAAAUAUCUGCGGGAGGCCGGAUGGAAAGAAGAGAUGCGAAUCAACGGCAGCAAAGUACUUUAUCUUAAUAGUUUUUCGUCGUCCCCUCCUGCCGUGACAUUGUGUCAACUUACUGAUAGUCGCCCCUACCAAACAAAACAAAAAAAAAAAACUCCUCAAAAGCAAAUUUACCCACAAAAGAUUUCCCAAAAGACCGGGGGUGACAGUGCAGAGAGGUUAUGCGAAAAAAACGAAACUUAAACUUUUAAUUUUUCCAAUUUAUUGAACCGCAAAUUUCGAAUGGGAAUCCAAGUGCAGAUGUCGCAACGUUUACUAAUUAAGAACGGGAUGGUAUAGUUCAAUGUUAAAAAACAAAAAACGACACGAAAACUUGUCCUUUUAUUGUUCUAAAGAAAUUUUGUGCCCGAUUGUUAUUUUUUUUUUUUCUGUUCAAGAAUAUACAUUUUUAUCUUAAAAUAUAAUGAACUUUUCUUUUUCUCGUCCGACUUUUUAGAUAUUUUCAUUUUUUAAAUUUUUUACCGAAAUAUUUACUUACAAUCUGAACAAGAUGCAUAACUGUUCAAAAACUAUAUAAAAUAAUAUGGAUCUUAUUUCAUUAUUAUCUCUAAAGGAAAAAAAUCUAUUUAUAUUGUUUUCUUAGUAAUCGUGUUGGAUAUAAUUUAAAACUGCAAUUAAUUGUAUAUACGGUAAAUCGAUAGAAUUCGCUCAUAAAUUUAUAUGGAUAUUUAAAUAGAAAAACAUUUUUAGGAAUACAUAACGCUCGGUUUGUUUUAUGUUUCCUGUAAACUACAAUGUUAUGCUUUAUAAGUGUAUUUUUUCUUAUACGGACUAGAAAAACGAGAAAUAAUUUUUCCGAGAUAAAUAAUUGAGUCGUAUAAAUUAAGGAGAUGCGACACUUUUUAAAUCGUAAUUUGUAUAUUUAUUAGAAACAAUAAAUAAAACGUAAAUAAAUUAGUUGGUUAUACAUCAACCACACAGGAGUUCGGAUAUCUAAAGUAUACAAUAUUCUACGCUUACCUAUAACAAAUCUGGAACAUUUUAAUUAUUUUUUAGCCCUAUUUUUAACAAUUAUAUGAUUGGUAACGAAUAAAGGUUUCCUUUUGCUUAUCUAGAUAAUUGUUAAAAUAACCAUCUAGAAAAAGAUAAAAGAUUCAUAACAAUUCAAUUAUCUUAAUAAAAACACGAGUAUACAAUCGGCACAUUCGCAGUAUCCAAAAGAAGCAAGAAUGUAUCAGAUUUUGUACACGUCUAGAUUGGAUAAGGAUUACCGUGUGAUUAAUUGAACUUAGUAAUAAUAAAUUUUAAUUAAACCAUAAUUAAUAUGAAUUAAAUAUUUCACCUUUAUUAUUUCCAAUAAAAAUAAUGUGUAAGAAAGUUUAAAAAGAUUUAUAUCUAGAUUAAUUCAUCUAGACAUUUUACUUCAGGUACCUACCGGCUUAUUUCUCGUUAAUGUAUACAGAUACAAUAAAAUAUAAACAUAUGUUGACCUACCUAUUUAAAUUAUUUGUCUAGAUAGACACAGAACACUGCAUAAUAACGUUCGUUCAUAUUAAACUGAUUUUAAUGAUUUUUCAGUUCCGUUAUUAUAUAGAUUAAAAAAAAAAAAAAAAAAAAAAAAAACGCUUCCCAUGAAAAGGAUAUCCCGUAAAGAAAAUUCUGCAAAGUAAAAAUAACGGACCCGAUACGUGUCCAUACAUCAUGAUAUUUUUCUCCGGUAAGUGUAUUUAUCCCACGGCAAAAAAAAAAACAAAACAAAACAAAUCACUUCGGCGUGUAGCCGGCCAUCGUCGGCGCGUCGUUUAUUAUUUACACGGAAUUCUUUUCACCGAGAUAAAUAAUAUCCAUACGAUAUUCUGUCCCAGUGGCAGUAUAUCAACAAUUUCUGUAAAGUUCAUUUUUUUUUUUUGUUUUUUUUAUUUACUCCGCUGCAAACAAAAUAUUUCCAAGUCAGUGCAUUUUAAGACUAUAACGUGUCACACGCGUUUCGUUUAUUUAUUUAUUUUUUUUUUUUUAAUAACGUAUUAUCGUAUUAUACAGGUCGUUUAUAAUAAUUGUAUAUAAUACAGAAAGUUGAAAACACAAUGUAGAUAUUAUGGCCCCUAACGUAAUGCGUAGUGAAAAUAAUAGUAAAAAACCCCGUACAUUUUUAUACAAUUAGUUUCAUAGAAAACAUUUGAUAAGCGUUGAAAAUCUAAAUUUUGACAAAACCGGUGAAAACAGCGAAAAAUGUAUAAAAUGAUUUUGAUUAAUUUAAAUCUAAGAGAAUUGGCGAUAGACGAAGAUGUAUAUUUCAGUAUAUUUAAACAACACGGUCCGACAAAACUUCGGGAAUUGUGUUUUACGGAUCGGAAUUUUAAAAAUAGAACGCGGUUUUUCAGAUUCUUCUAGGACAUGGUGAAAAUAUACAUGUUGAUUAGUUUAAUGGAAAUUGAAAAUCGUAAAACAAUGCGAUUGUCUUUUCGAUAUUAUACUUAAUUUACUUUGUUUCUUAUUCACAAUAAAAAAUAAAUAUUUUCACUGUCUCUAGUGAAGAACCUAAAGAAUCGAAAAUAAUUGUCCAACGCUGAAAUCCCUCAAUAGGAAUUUGUACGGUCUGCAGACUGCGCCUCGCAAACCGAAAAAAUAAUUUAAUUGAAGCGGUCAUUAAAAUGCGAAAACGAGUUUGAAUUUCACGAAAUCUGAGGAAAUUUCGGUAAACCGUCCUUUAAGCCGGAAUAGAAAAAUAUCGGUUUAUCGUUACGCUCGGGAUUCUCGCCGAGUCAUUGUCCGAUUACCUCUCUCUGACAUCUCGUCCGCACGCAGUCGGUCCGGUCUGUUUACCGUACUGUUUUCCGUCUUCUUUUCGUUCCGUUUGUCGGCGGUCGGGGGACGGGGUGGGGUGGGAGGCGGAGAGAUAUCUGAAAAAUAUGAAUUUAUUUGUAUGAAAAAAAAAAAAAAAAAUACGCGCAGAGAGCGCGUCUCCGCGAAAAGGGCCCGGCCGCGCCGCCGUUCUCGAUUUAUUGUUUGCCCGCUCGCGGCUCCGUGAAAUAUUGACCCGUGCGCUCCCGCAGACUGUUUACGAUUAUUAUUAUUAUCGUCAUUGUUAUCAAUAUUAUUGUUGUUAUUGUUGUUAUUGUUGUCGUCAUUCCCGCUUGUUGACUCCCGCGGUAUUGUAUGAUCGUGCGUUUGUAUAUCCGAUUUACUGACGGCCCCGGCGUGUCGGUCGCGUCGCGUGUGCGUGCGCGCGUGCCGACGGCGCACGCACACGCGCGCAGUCCGGAGUUCCCCGGAUCGCGGACGGAGCAACGGGAACCACGUGAGCCGCGGACGGAACGCGAACAAAUUCGGUGCACGUUUCCGUUUCGUUAUUUUUGAUGACACGAUUGCGGAUACGGGUGCCGGUGUGCGAUCGUUCGGCGAUUGGCGAAUCGACGGUCGACAUUAUCGUUCACUUAUCCAGUUACUAAGCAGUUAAUGACUAAUCGCCCGCAUUGACGUUGUUCCUGAGGGAUUUAUGACGGCGGUCAAACGUAUUUUAUACCGAACCUGACCUGACUCGUGCGGCCGGGCCGGUUCAAAUAUCGCUCGUCUUCAUUAUCGAUAAAUAUUAAUAAAUUGUACAGCGGACAAUUUGACCGAGUUACGCGACGGUUUUAAAUUCCGUUUUCACCUCGUAAUGCGUAAUAAAGUUCAACGGUAGGUGUGUACCAAAAAAAAAAAAUUUUAAUAAUUACCAACAUUUUUUUUAUUUCGCAAUAAUUGUCCUAAACCCCCCAAAAAAAGUGGCGAACGGAAAUAUUUGUGUCUGUGAUUCGUGAAUCAUCUUUUUUGACGUUGCGUCCGCAACCGUACGGUUUUUAUUAACUUGAUGUCCGCAACCGGUAUAUUUAUAUCCUGACCCGUGUCCGAAUUUGUUAUGUUUUAAAAAUGGCCAGAAAAGUUUAUCCGCAAGACCGCAAACUAACAUGCAGCCACGAAAUCGGUUAGGUUUGGUUAGAUCACGCGCAGUACGGUUACUGCGAUACUAUCGGUCGGCGGUGGUAAUAUUCGAUGGGCGCGCCUCUGUCUGUCUGUCCGUCGGUCAUUAGCUAUAGGCACCCGGACCUCGCGUUGGUCCCGUAAUAAAAUUAUACCACGUUCUCGUUCGUUUUAUUCGGUCGUAUCCGAAUCGGGUUCCGAAUCCAAAUGGUUUUGAUCGGUAGUAUCCAAAUAAAUUUCGGACACUAUAGUAGUUGGGUUCCGGCUUUCGGCAGGUUACGUGCUACGGUUGAGUCCGAACGUUUACAAGCGGCAUAGAUUUUCCUUCUCGUUUCAGGACUGUCAGUGAUUUAUAGUUUAAAAGAACACUGCGGAUAUGAUAAAAAAUGUUUUAUUUUGCCAGAUGAAUUAAUAUUUCUGAAAACAUUCUGCAAAAGGCGGCCUCUGGUCGUCAUGUUUGAAUUUCUUGUAAAAUGAGUGUUUGAAAUUAUUAUACAGACUGUCCCGCUAAGAUAUAACCCUUGAAAAUUUCUGGACAUAAUAAAGAUAAUCGAAUUCUGUUUUUUUUUUUUUAUAUUACUCACAAGGAAGAGAACUAUUAACCCAACACGGUUAGGUUGUUUCCUAGAUAACGUUGGUUUUCACACAGAUUAGUAGAAUUUAGAAUGGCUGUUACAUAAAGCUAUUCAUCGGAUAUAAAUGUGUGAUACAUUCAAAUUUUCAAAAAAAAAAACUCUACAGCAUGAAUAUCUUAAAACUUCCUGUAAAUAAUAAAAUAAAGUUAUUUUUUAAAAUUUGUUUACUAAAAAAAUAAAUUUAGUUGAAAUAUACAUAUUUUUUUGUCCUCGUCCGUGUAAGGAAAAAAAAAAGAAAUUGAUUAUAUUUAUUAUCUCCGGAGAUAUUCAAAGGGUAUAUUUUCGCGGGGCAGGCUUUAUAUCAUAUUUCUUAUUCUUUUUCGCUUAAAAUAAUUUCAUGAAUUUAUUCCAUAACGGAUGGUAUUAUAUAUGUUUUAUGUGGACGGACACACUACGCGAAGCAACUAAAGACGUUCGGGAAAUAGUGUCGUCGGAGUUUCAAACGAGUUUAUCCGUUUGAUACUAGAUCGAAUAUUAUACAUUAUACAUAAUACAAAAUGUAGAUUAUUAAAUUGUAGAAAUGAAAAAAUAAAACAAAUUUAAUAGGUUUUAAUAUCUCUGAGUCCGGCUUAUUUUAUCGUUUCGUUAUUUUUUACGAGUAUCAGUGUAAACACAAGUAUCGUGUUUUUAUUUUUUAAAACGUCGAAACUGAUAAAAUAUUAUUAGUUGUCGGAUUAAUACGGCCCAACUAUAGUGUACGACCUUUGGAAAUCCGGGACCCGACUGGUGUAGUACCUGCGUUAACCCUAGACCCGAAUAGAGAAGAUUUUUGAACGCGGGACCGACCCGGAUGCGCCGGUUUUGUUAUGUUUUGUUAUAACGCCGUCGACGACCGUCCGAGAGGGGGGGUGGGUGGUUGGAGAAAUGCAUGGUCGAGGAGAGGGAUCGGCGGACAAUGACAGCACGGAAACCGUUCGAAAACCGCGAGUCUAACCGCGAUUCGUUUACGCGCGCUUUUCGCGACGGGACGUCCUUUGUAAAACGCACACGAUAUUAUGUCGUAUAAAUAUUAUAACAACGCGAUUACCGCGGUUAAUUAAUCGUUUAGCCACAAACCGAACCCCGAAACAUACUUUACGACGUUAUAUUAACCGUUCCGGGACGCCGCCGUAGAGCGGCGUACGGUUUUAACGCAAUAAUAUUAUACGAGCGCCCCCCCACGCACACACACACAAUCGCCCUUUAACUCAAAUAAUUUCGAUGUCUCCGGCGGAGUUUACCGGGCGCGCGCCGAUCCCGAUAAUACGAUUAGCCGAUUAUUAUUGUUGUUAUCGCGCGCGCCGUACAAUUGUAUUAUUAUUAUUAUCAUCGUCGUUAUUCGGUCGUCGUAGUCGCGAAAUUGUUUCGCGGCAUCGUGUUUGUCGCGCGGCCGUACGCAAAUGUGUACCGUCCCCGUAGGAACAGGAGAGGGGGGCGCGGGGACGGGUCCCGUUGUUUUGGAAAUUAAUCGCGAUCCCGGGGAAAGCGUUGCGGGACGCACCAGCCGAAAACGUUACCGGCGGGAUCGAGUGCCGCGCGUUUUUCCGGGAGCGCGCGGGUCGCAUCCCGUAAAAUGAAAACGUACGCGCGGAUCGCGUCCCGGCGGGCGCUCUGUACACGGUUCUCGGACGUACGUUUACCUAGCCGCCCCCCCCCUCGUAUUGAAAUUUUCGAAAUUUUUUUCGGAAAAUAUUCGGCGUGUAUUUCGCAUGCUGACUUUAGUGAGUCUCGUGCGUUGUAAUUAGGCGCGGUUAUCGAAAACCAGGCGGAGGAGGGCUGUGUAAAUAGUACUGGCCAAUCUUUAUCAAUAACCAAACAUUAAAACUAAAGUAUGAUAAACAAAAUCGACAAAACGACUUGUUCAUAAAAUACAGUAACCAGGUUCCAUUUGGUUAUUUUUCAAAAUAGGCCUAAUAUAAUUGUAUGUUGAUCAACAGUGUUUAGUCGAAAAUUAUGUUUAUGUUUUUUCGAUAAGCUUUUAACGAAUUCUAUCCCGUUUUAUUUUCGUUUAAUUCGCAUAACAAAUAUUCGCUGACUUCUCCGUUCGUCAUGUAUUAUUUAGCUAAGCCUUUGCGUUUUUCACCACCACGACCGUCCUAAUCGAAACCGACAUCCUUUUAUCAAUGUUUCCGGUCAAAUUUCCUGAAUUACGUACGAACUUGAACUUGCGUUAACACACUUAUAUAGUAAAGAAGCCGAGGUUUUUUUGGUUGCGAUGACGAUAAACGACGAUUUACUUAUUGUAUUGCGUAUCGACCAAUAAUCGAUUUAAUCUUCUUUGGCGUUUUAUUAAAACUCAUGCACUUUGAAAUCUAGUCCCUAGAUACGGCUUUGGGUGCAGCAAACUCUGAAGAAAUGUUGCUUGCAAAAAAAAAAAAUUUUUAAUUAUAAUACCUGAAAUUAUAAUCGUUUAAACUUAAAAUUCUUGUCGGUUGGUGCUACUGUCAGGUCUCAUCCUACAGUCAUCCUAUCCUAAAAUAUUAUUAUUCCAUAAUGAUUUUUACAAGCUGGCAGAUAAUAGUUUCGUUCGGUUUUACAUUUUCGCUAACGCUAAUGAAACGAAAUAAACACGGUUUGUAAACGAACAAAUUUUGGUUUUCGGAAUAACAACCAGUCACCAUUAAAAAGGUGAAGUAUUGUCGUGCACCGCAUUCGAAAUAACAUAGAAAAUGUCAGCGAUCGCAGUACAAAUUCUGCGUGACUUAAUGUGUAGAAUUCGUAAGAAAAAAUUUAAAAUUUCGAUGUAAUCCCCCACUCGCUAUCACCCCUCCCACCCCCUAGUUGCACCACCGGGUAUUAUUAUGUACGGUUUGAUUUAUAGCGAAAAAAACCGUUAGCGGUACUUUUUUUUUUUCUAGAGAUUUACUCGGGCUGUAUCGCGUAAUAAUAAUGAUAUUAUAAUAUUAUGAAAUAUUCAUCGUGAUAUUAGAAUAUUUUUAUCACGAACGACUGUGCCGUAAAAAUAUAAUAUAAGCGUAAAGUAAAAAAAAAUAACAGUAGUCAAAAUAUUAAUACCUAUCUACCUACAUAUUAUUAUACCCACCGUAGAUUUAUUCCGUUCGCCAUCGCUGCAGCAGGCCUACCACCACCGCCGCCGUCGCCGCCGCCAUAUUAUACUCAUUAUUCGAGGAAUGAAAAUUUAACACACCCCGGGAUAGUGAUUUUACAAAGUUUGAUGACUUUUUGAUGGAAACCUUUGGGACGGAUGUUUUGUUGUAGUGUAUAUACGUAUACGUACCUACGAAAGUUUAUAAUUAAAAUUACUAUAGGUAGAUACAUAAAUUAUUGUGACGUACCCGAGUGUAGGUAGGUGUAAAAGUGUACCGCCGCUAGUGACGUCUAUGAUGAUGACAGUAACACACGUGUUGUCAAUAUUUUUCGCCCGACGCGACAUUUGUGUGUAAAUUAAAACAAAAAACCAAAGCGAAAUGCCGACCGGACAUACUUCACGCCAUGGGUAAGUAACUGUCGUUGAUGUAUAGAAGGGACGUUUGCAAGGUAUAAUUUGUUUAUAAUAAGAGAUGGACGAUACUAAUAAUUAAGAAUCCGAUAAUCAGUCAGCGCGAUGCUUUCGGUUGAAAACGAUAACAAAAUAUUAAUUGACUGUCCUGAUUGUGAUGUUCAACGAAAUGUUUAUGACUGAAUAGUCUAAACAAUUUUUUAAUUUAAAUGGUUAACUCUGAGAUGUCCGAUUUCGUUAUAUUUUAGAUUCCAAGCAUAGGAAGAGCAAUAGGUUUUUCAAUGCUGUUUAUUUCUUUUUCUUCAUGGUCCUUUUUUUUGGUCUUUGGAAACGCUUUUUCCUAGUAAACUUGCUCCGAUUUUUAAGUAUAGUCACUUUUCUAAAAGCUCAAAUUGCCUAGAUAGUACAUUAGAGAAGUUAUUUUUUGAUUUUUGACACCAUUUUUUAAAUAAAGCACUUAAGUGGGAAAAAACGUAGGAAAACUUACAAUUUCACGAUUUUAUUAUUUUAUAAAAACACGGACGACGUUUUCUACUAGAAACAAUGAUUUAAUCAAAAAAUCAAAAAAUAUCUUUUUUGUUGCCUUUUUAAUUUACUUUUCUAUCAUUGCUAAAACUUUUAAGCCACAUUUGAGUUUUUAGGGAAUUGUUUUUUUCUGUAAUUCGGUUAUAAAUGCACGUAAAGACUUAAAAAUUGGUAAUAAUACUCAUAUUAAACUUACCUAAACGUGGUAAAAUUUCCAAAAUCAUCGGAUGAAUUUUUUUUUUUUAAGAAAUGUUUUUAAAUCAAAUUUAAAUGAAAAUCGCAAAAAAAAUAUUGGGACUUCAAAUUAUGUAUUAUCGAACUGCACUCGAAAUCGUCUUUCUUCAAACAACAGUUUAUCGUUGCUUGCAAAUAAAAUGAAAUAACCUUAUGUAUCCUACCUUCCUCCAACUUCUCACCUACAAUUGUGGCCCCUACCAUCCCCAGUAUCAGCUCUUUUUUUUUUUCAUUUAUAUUGUUUUCGGGCAUAAGUAUAUAUGCUUAAUUUGCUCAUAUGCUGAAAUGCUAUCUUAUCGUCGAAAAAUUAUCGACGUUAUCGUAAAUAUAUUUAUCUAUUUUGUCAGUUCAAUAAAACGUCAAGAUGCCAACUAGUUUUCUACCUCAUUUUAAAUACAAUUAAUUAAUUUUGCAUAUUUCACAUUUUAUUCUCUGUGCGUAAUUUUAACAACAUUAGACGGUCUUUAUAAAAACAUUUUGAAUAAUUUAUUGUACUUUUAAUAUAUUUGUUUACAUACUUUAGAUUUUUUACUGUGCGUAUUUUGUUUUUCUUAGCUUAUAUAACUCCUGAACCUUAAUUGUUAUAAUAUUCGGUAGUGUGUUCGUCCUUGUAACCGAGGUAACUCAGAAAUGGAUAUAAAUAAAACAAAAAUUUCAUCGACAUUUAUUAUAAUUUUUUUUAGUUACGAUACGAAGAAAUCCAAACAUUUUUACUUGGUAACCGAAGAGAUCGCUAUAUUUUUCAAAAAAAAAUAACAGUUUUUUCGCUAUAUUAUAAUACAAUCAAAAUCUAAAAAAUAAACAGACAUACUUCGUUCCACGGGUGGGUCAUUGUUGUAAGUGAGAAUUUGGGAAGGUUAAAAAUCUACUUAUCAGUUAAUAACUGGUUAAUGUCUAAAAAGCAUGGAAAAGAACGGUGGUUGUGGCGAAGGGCCUAAAUGGCCUAUAUUAAGUAAUGGAAGAAGAAGAAUGAUGUAAAGUAGAAUUCAAUUUAUAUUUGUACGCAAUAAUUAAUCAUUUCUAACGUAAAACGAUUCCGAGCAAAGGUCAAUCAAUAUAACAUUGAUAUUUCAACAAUGUGCGUUUUCAUGAAAACAAACAUUGUUUAAAAAAGAUUAAAAGGUUAAAAUAACAAAUAAAAACAGUUGCCAAUGACAAAUUUCAAUCUUCAAAUCUUUUUUUCAACUUAGAUAACAAGUUUUAUCUCGAAUAAUAACGUGAUUUCAAAAAAAAAAAAAAAAACGAUCAUUUUAAAUUACAGACGAAAGCCGAAAUGCAACAAAAAAUGUCUCUUGUCGUGUUUUGAUUGGGGCAAUAUUUCUAGGAAAAAAGUUGUGUACAGAUAGAAUAAAUAAAUACACAUCAUACAGUGAAACCAAUAGAUCCCCAUUUCACUUAGAAUCUAAAAAAAAAAAAUAAUUGAAAUAUUUGAAAUUUUAGCUUCCCGCCGAAUUUCGUAUAGUGCACCGUGUAAAUUAAGUACGAACGUAUAUCUAUAGGUUUAUUGUCUUCUUGUGUUCUAUGUUAAGUAUCGAUUGUUGUCUGAAACGUCCAACAGGCACGCUAUACCUAUAGCCGUAAUCACUUGUUCACACCGGGACACGAUAGGGGAGGGAAAUUAUUUAUUGUGUGCUCUACACGCUGAAGAGAGAAACGAUUUUUUUUUUUUCAAUUAUUGCUUCGACGAAAUGUACGCCUCUCUUGUCGCGAUGCCUUUUUUCGUUUUUUUUUUUUUUUGUUGCUUUCUUUUAUCACCUCAAACACGAAUACACCCCGCCUGUUCGGCUUUUUUAUUUUCAUUUUUUUUUUUUCUAGUGUCAAACGACCGAGCGAGAUAAAUAAUCUACCCUGUUUUUAAAAUGUUCAUUUGGCUUUAUCUAAAUUGAGGUUAUGCGCGCGCGUAUUGCAGUGUGAACCCGAUGCCGGAAGAAGGGUCAAAUGUGAUGACGACGACGACGUAAAGUAGGUAUUAGAUAAAAUGAAAAAGGAAACGACGGUCGUCUUCUAUAUUAUAUUAUAUAUAUAAAAUUACAAUAAAUCUAAAUGGGAAAACCAUUCAGACGCAUUCAGUAGGUGUUUAAUCGAUUAUAUUGUAAAUUAUUCGGGGGUAAAUUCUUAAGAUAUAGAUUAAAAUGGUUUUUUUUUUCUAACCAAUAAGACUAUUUAAAUAUUAAUGAAAGUUUUUUUUUUUUAUUGCGAUCGAUUUAUUUCUCGUAUUAAACGCGAUUUAUACGUCUAAAAUAAUUUAAAUUAAACCGUAAUUUAAAUAAUUUAUGUGGAAAAUAAUAAUCGAAAACACCGCACGCGAGUUAAAAACGUAUGUGCAAGCCACGACUGCAGUCUGCACACUGAUUACGAGGUGGGGUGAAUAUUUAAAUCCGUAAGAUUAUUAUUACUUCAAUACUCGGGGGAGGUCUGCGAGGAGCUUUAACCCUUCACUUCGUUUUUAUAUAUAUAAGUCAUACAAAACUAAAAAUAAUCACGUAAUUUUCUUUAAAAGUUUACUACUCAUUUCGGUGGGGACUAUAAUAAAAUGGAUAUUGUUUUAAUUAUAUUACUUAUUUAUUUGGCAAGUAAUAUUUCUUUAAACGAAUAAUUGUUCGGUAACCGAGGGUGAAUCCGGAUAGACACAUUAAGAGCGUGUUACCACGUUACUAAAACGAAAAAGUAACGAGGUACUUCACUUACUAUGAUUUUGUAUGCAGUUGAAAUAAUAAACUAUUAUCAAUGUUUGAGGUCAAGACAAAAUUGAAACAUAUAACAAAAAUCUAAUAUGACAAACAUCAAAUUAUACAGUUCGCAAAUACCGGUUAUAUCCGCGGCCAAUGUCGAAUUUAUUUUAUAAGCGAAGGACUACAGUAAAAAUAAGGCGGGUGCAUAAAUUCAAUAGGUGCACCGACCGAGAUCAAAAGUUAAGGAGAGUUCUUGAAGAACAUAGUUGGAGUUAUAAUUAUAACAUAAUUAUAGUCAGAGCUAGUCGUGAUUUGGACGGAGCUAAGCUGCAGACUAACCGCCCGAUUGCGCCGGUGAAUAUGCCCUAACGUAUAUUUCCAGAUCCUGUUUCGAUUCGGCCCAAGCGCGAUACAUGUAAAUAUAAAAUCCGUCGAGAUUUUUCAUCGACUAGGACCUAGGUUUUAGGUUUACACGUAUGCGAUAAUAAUUUAUUAUGAGCAUUUUAUCAAAAAGGCUAUGUUUUGUAACUCUCUCUCUUACAACUAAUUAGGUUACGUUUUGGCUUGAAGCGAACUCACAUAGGGUCUGUAAAUCGUUGCCUUGACUGUAAAUAGACGGUGGUUCCGCCCUUGUCGGUCGCCCCACACACGGUUUUUCGUUUAUAACUACGGUGUCGAGAAUUCCGAAUAUUUUUUUGUUCAAACAACGCGAUGCGGAAAUGCGUUUAGUCUCGUAUAUCGUUAUGCGAUUUAUUCUACGCCCAUCCCCGUGUGGUUGUAAUAAUAAUAUGGAAAUCUGGCGUUUCCGGUGCGAUUCGACGCGGGGAAAACGUCACCAUGCGAAUAAUUUCUAUCAGAUUUUCAUCACCGUUAAUAUUAUUGUUACAACGACAAUACGCGUGAUCCGAUAUUGGACGGGUGAUUAUUGUCAUUGAGGUGGUUACCCUCUCGGUAAAAUAUUAGGGAGUUUUAAAAAUCACUUGUGAAAUUCGUCCGAUAAUCCUGUACGGUGCGGAAACAAGGCCGCUGAGAAAAUUAGAUGAGAGAAAAUGUUUAAUACUGUACAGUUGCCUGUACGUUUUCACGUUGAGGAAAACCAUCGGCUAGUUGAAGAUGUUAUCAGUGGCUAAUGUAGGAGAAAAAAAAUACAGAGCUAGAGUUUUGAUUUCAGAGUACAGAUAUAUCCGCUGCAAUAAAAAAGUUGAAACUUUAAAAGCAGUGAUAGAACUAAAUCCACGUGGAAAGGAAUAAUUCGGAAGACUCAAAACAAAAUUAGAAGAAUUAAUUAAAAUUAAUGUGUGAACUAUUAGGCGGAGGCUCAAAUUGGAGAAAAAAAUCAACGGAAAGAGAAGGAUGCCAGAUUGAGCGUGAAAUGGGAUGGUUCUGAGAGGGCUUAUAACUAAGUGAAAUCAAUCAGGUAAAUCCCCCCGUGAAAUAUUUCUUGGAAUGGUAAAACGUUAUUCUUGGUCCGAUUUCUCCAGUGAAAACUUAUCGGGAAAAGUUAAAUUUCACGGGGUUGGGGGGGGUCGAAUUUUGCGGGUAGUCUGAAUUAUUACGGAAUGUUAACGUUUUCGAUUUUUCGCAUUGCUGCUAGUAUGCGCAUAUAAUAUUCCUUCUACUCUGGAACGGAAACAAAGGAAAUAUGCCGAGAAGGGGAACGUUAUAUUAUUAUUAGAUGGCUAUGUGCGGAUUCCUGAGACCGGAGACCGAGCUCGGCGUGUAUUUGGGCGCUGGCAAAAGACGACUAUUUGAAAAUCCCGUUGGCCAAUUCUUGCGGUACACUGUUGGCGCAUAGUUUUAACGUGGCGUGCAUUCCGUAACUGUGGAACAACAAAAACAGCAAUUGAAACAGCAACGACACUAGCAACAGCAGCGGCGGCGGAUAAUAGUAACCGCCGCAUAGUAGUCGGGUGUCGAGGGGAGGGUGUGCGAAAUAGUACGUUAAGAAACGAAAAUUUCGACCACGGCCAACUCCUGGACGCGAAUGCGCAUUCCGGUAUCUGUUCCAGCACCUAAGAAGCGUUCCCCGUUUGUGACUGGUCCAUUUCAAUCGAACGCGUGCCGAAAUGUCAUAUUGUAUUGCUUUUGCGCCGAGAAUACCGACACAUUUGAGAAACGUUAAGGGCGUCUCCGUGCAGGUUCACGCGGAACUCGCAAACCACCGUUGUCAGGUUCAAUACCGACGGGUCACGGAACGAUUUCUGUAGCGUGUUUCCGUUUCUUACUUUUUCCCCUUGUAACCUAUUCGACGAUGUUCCACAACGGUUUAUUCCGAUUAGUUUCGACAUGGGCUCGCGAAUGGAUGUGGCCGAAGGUCCCGAACUGAAGCAAUUUGAAAUCGAAAACGGCCACACGAUAUGAAGCUCGCCCGUGCACACGAUAAAACGCGGUAUGGUAAAUUUGCAUCGCGACCGACCACGAUCGACUUGGUACCGAAACGGAUCCCGGAAUGUUAAUAUGUUUCCGGGACGCCGUCGCUAAAAUUGUUAUUGUCGUCGAACGGCGGUGGGAGGAGGGAGGACGGAGGCCUUUGACAAUGAAAUUUGACCGGCGCGACGUUUGCUCUGCGGGAUUCCCGCGAAAAGUUGUUGCGUCGCAUUCGGCCGGGCGGUCCUUCGCGCAAUAAAACCGGGCAACAUGGUAAACCGCACUCCGGAAUCGUUUGUUACCGCCGCACGCCCGAGAGGUUAACGCAAACAAAUCAAUUUAACCAAAAGGGAUCAAAUAAGUUUCGAUAACGGGGGCCCCGGGGUCGAGCGUCAUCCGCUGUACUGUGCACUGUGUCUAUAUAUAUACAACCCUGCGACCUAUCGGUGUGAUAAUAUAAACUUUGACAUAGGUACCUAUUCCGUUGUGUAAGGCAGUGUCGCACGUACAAAGAUAAAUUUUAAAUAAAAUCACCAGACAAAGAUAAAUCAUCAGAAUAAUUAUCUAGAUAUCAGCUAAAAAAAUAAAACAAGCGUUCAAAAGUGAUAAAUGCGAAAUAAAUUUGAUAUUCGAAAAUUGAGUGCGCAUGGAGUAACUUAGUAAUUUAUUUAUUAAACCGUAUUGAUGUAUUUUACCUGAUAUUUUUAAUGAAUACAUAAAUUGUAUAAUUGGUGUAGAUGCGAUAAAAAGUAAAAUCAUAGCUAUCUAGAGAAUAUUAUGUAGAUCUUUAAAAAACACAACACUGAUUGUAGGACCUAUAAGUAGACGGUGUAUAAUAAUAAUAAUUAAAAUAGUACCCGGGAGGCUUGUUCUGGUAAAUUAACGUCAUCUCACGAGUUUCGUCUCAUUAUGACUCAUACAUCUAAACAAAUUAAUAUCAUGACGAUUUCGAUGAAAAUUAUUAUUAGUUUCAUAAAACUCGUCGUUCUUCUCAGCUAAUCUAUUCAUGAAAUAUAUUCCAUCUCAAUAAUCCAAUAUCAAUAUGGGAAAAUUAUUAUACAUAUCUAUUUUUCGACGAUAAGCCGUGAACUAGUAACUCCAUAAUACGCGUCCGCUAGCUACGUUGAUUCGUAUUAGACUAAUCUCAGAAACAUUACCAAGUUUGAUAUUUUAGGAAUUUCUUUUUUACGUAAAAUGUCAAAUAUUUUAUUCAUAUAAUUUGAACUCAUUGAAUUUCAUCGAUUUCUCUCACUUUUUCUAAAUACCUUAAUUUCUCAUCAAAUUUACCUCAGUUAUCGCUCACAUUCCACUUGUAAUUUUUUUUUUAAAAAAAAAAUGUAUUUUAUCUCAUUUCAUUUGGUUUCCAGAACAAACUCCCUGACCUCGAGCGAUUGACUGUGCAGAUAAUUCCAAUAUUUACGUUCGACAUUAUUAGUUUUCCUGCCAAUUAUAAAUAUAUUUUUACAACGCCUCUCUCGAAUAACAUCCGUCGUCGUCACUGGAGAGUUCCCUGCUGCUGUUGUAAUCGUUUUGUUAUUUUGUAUACGAUUCCGUUUUAUUAUUUUCCACCAUUUAAUUUGUGUGAUGUUUACGCAGCUAAAAUUUAUCGUGUUUUCACAAUAAUAAUAUUCAAUGUAGAUUACUCCAUAGGAUUGCUCGGUGAUACUCCCAGAAAUUUCAAAAUGGAGUUGCUGUAAAUAAUCCCCCUAGUAAAUACUCGUAAUAAUCACGAUUCAUAAAUAAACCUUCUUCCGUAAUACUUGACUCGACAAUGAGAAUUCAAAAGACCACUUUGAAUGCAAUAGAUCCAGCCUUUUUUGUGUAAUUUGGCCGAAUUACAUAAUUUCACAAUAAAACCAACUAAAUAAAUAAUCCAUAUUAUCAAAAGAUUUCUCAGUGAAAACAGGUUUAAGAUAGGGAGACGCUUUAUUUCCUAUAUUAUUUAAAAUACCUCUAGAAUCAAUAGUGGUAGAGUACCUUGACGAUGCCACGAGUCUAAGCAUAGUGGAAGGACGUCAAAUAACAUUAGCUGCAUAUGCGAACGACAUAAAAAUUAUAGAAGAAAACAAUGAAUGUGUCAUUUCGGGCGGCCGAAAUGCUAUAAUUAAAAGGAACGAUAUUAGAUUUCAAGUUAAUGAUCAAACAGCGAAAUAAUUAACAAUAUCUCGAAGAGAACAAGAUUCACUUGUAGUUGGAGAUUUAACCUUCAAAAGAGGAUCAAACUUUGAAUACCUAGAAAUAGAUGUUAACCAACAAGGAAAUAGCCACAAAGUGAUUAACAAGAGAAUAAUAGUAGGAAAUAAGUGCUGUUUUGAGUUUGUACCAUUAUUAAAGUCAAAGUUACUACCCAAAAAUAUGAAAUCCAAACUUAAAAAGUUCUUAUUAGACUAAUUGUUCUGUAUGCGUUUGGGGCUUGGGCCUCAAUCAAAUCGGACGAAAAGAGACUAAUAUAGAAUUCGAAAAAGAAAAUCCUACGUAAAAUCUAUGGACCUAAAAGAAACGAGGAGAAGAAUACGCAAAGGCAACAAAAAAAUACAGAGCUGAGAAUUAUAUUUGAUGGGCCGGGCAUAGUGAAAAUUCUCAAAAGUAGAUGGGUAGGCUAAACCAGUUUCGUAUGGAAAGCGGAAGACAAAACAGUACAUGCGAUCACAAUAUGGAAACCGAACGAAAAACGACCGAGAGGAUAGAUUGGCUGAGUUAGGGAAGACCUUAAGCUCCCGAAAAUAAGAGAUAGAGAGCAAUUGACUAACGGCAGGGAAGGCGUGGAGAGCUCAAUAAUGGCACUAGAUAAGCAAAAACAAUAAAUAAAUACUCCAUAGUUAUAUUGUAUUCUCAAUUCUUCAAAUGGAGAGGGAAUAUAAUUGUUAACGUUUCCCACCCUUUUUAAACAAGGCACCGACCGAAUAUCCGACCAAACACUACGUAGCCACAUAGCCACGUACGUAUUUGUUGACUUUAAGAAUAGUAUGUUUUUGUUCACCCCGUUUCUAGUUAGUCAACUCAAUAAAAUACUAAAUGGUCAAAUCUAAAACAUUACGAGCUUUUAUUCGCCGUCACAGUAAACAUUUAUUUAGUUUAAGUUAUAACUAAUCGGGUUCGUAUAGUAAUUUUUAGACAAUUCCUUUCAGAUUCCAAGCGUAGAGAACUAUUGGUUUAACAAUGCUGUUUAUUUGUUCUUUGUUUUAGUCUUUGAACACGUUUUUUCCUAGUAAAAUAUUUAUAUUAUAUAUAUAUAUGUAGACACUUUUCUGAAAGCUCAAGUUGCUUAGAUGGUACUUUAUAAACGUCAUUUUUUUUUUUUUUUGAUUUUCGACGCCAUUUUUAAAAUAAUAGCACUUAAGUGGGAAAAAACGUUGGAAAACGUACAAUUUCACAAUUUCUUUAUUUUCUAAAAACACGGACGACGUUUUCUACCAAAAAAAAAAAAAAAAAAUGAUUUUAUCGAAAAAUUACAAAAUACCUUUUUUGUUGCCUUUUAUUUACUUUCUUAUGGUAUCAUCACUAAAUCGUUUGAGCCAGUUUUGAGCUUUUAAGGAAUUUUAAUCUUUGGGAUUUUUUGCUGUAAUUCGAUUAUAAAUACACUUAGAGACUUGAUAGUUGAUAAUAAGACUUAUGUUGGACUUAGCUAGACGUGGUAAAAUUUUCAAAUCGGAAGACUUUUUUUUUUUAAUAAAUGUUUUAAAAUCAAAUUUAAACGAAAAUCGCAAAAAAAAUAACGGGAUUUCAAAAUGGGUAUUACCGAACUGCGCUCGGAAUCGUAUUUUGUCAAGCAAUGGUUUAUCGUUGCUCACAGAUAUAAAUGAAAUAACCUUAUGUAUCCUGUCUUCCUAACUUCUCACCUACACGAGUAGCCGCUUUCAUCCCCCCCCCCAUAUCGGGUCUUUUUUUUUGUACUACGUCGGAACAUUGUACUAUAAAAUAGUUUCAAUAUUUAAGUUAUGCAAGAAUGUUUCGAAAGUUUUGUUAGACGUCCCCGAGUGCUUUUUGUUUUACAUAAUUAUUAAGAAAUUUUUUUUUUUUUUAACUUGAAUUUGGAAAUAAAAACAAAGUUUUUAAUGUAUCUCACUGCUUGCGUGAGUGUUAACGUUAGUUUUAGGUUUUUUUUAUUUUUGGCACUUUUCGAGGUCUAUGAAAGGAAAUAAAACUCCGAAUUUCCGUCAAUAAACGGCGCGUGUUCUGUUAUUUUAUUUUUAGUUUGUCAUUGCUAUUCUUUUUCUUUUUAUCGUUAAUUAAUUUUAUUAUGUUAUUUUACGAAUCAAGUUGACUGCCAGUCUAUAUUUCAUUAUAAAAUUCAAUAUGUUCAACGUAUUAAUAUAAUCGUUUAUAAUAAGUUACAUUACAUGAACUUUGUAUUUACUCUUUUGACUUUGUGUAACUUUUUAAACAAUCAAACAUAAAAUCGUUUUUAUUUUAUUUUAUCGAGCUAAUUUGUUAUAAAACAAACGACGGGACUUUUUCUUAUUUCUAUAUAUUUAAUUUUCCGAAACAGAUAAACUGUAAAGAAGAAUUUCAAUACCUACCUACGUAUACAAUUUCCAUUAAAAUACUCACUGUUGGAAUUUUAAUAAAAAAAAAAAAAGAUAAUAAUAAUAAUAAAAUUGGAAUUUAGGUUGGUUAGUGAAUUGGAAAAUUUUAAUCGGAAACGAACGAGUAUUAAAUUUUCCAUGUGCAAUGUGUACAAUGUGCAUUGUACGCAGUAAUGCUUUUCUCGAGGACGUUCUACCUACCGUAUUUAAAAGGUCGGGGGACAUAAACAUUUAUUGAAUUUUUUAAAAAAAAUUUUAUUCUUUCAAAUCGAAAAAAUUUAAAUUCACUUUUAUUUACGUUUACAAGUAGUCUCGUGUCAUUUAUUGCAAGUAUUUAUGUUGCGUAAUCGCGUAAAAUAACAUAAAUGUUUACCGAAAACCGUUUGGUUAAAAACCGAGUAAAAACUACUCGGACCAUGUACUUGAGAAUCGAGAAACCAAAUUUUCACCGCAAAACUAUUGCGAGAACUAGCAAUGUGCAACGUAGGUUUUAGUUUUUCGCUAUUACAAUUAUUAUUCCGGAACAAGUUGUUCGAGUUUGAGAAACUUAAAAGUUAAGGAUUUCCAACAAAGUAUAAAAAAUGUUUUUCUAUCUACAAUAUCGCGAAAAUAAAAUAAAUUCGUCGCACAGUGCAACGUUUCCAUUUUCAACGAUGAAAAUUUUAUUUUAUGAUUAACGUUAAAGCCCGUGUGGUUUUUUCUCGGGCAAAACAGUUUUUACAGUCGAAUAAUUACGGACGGUAGCGCGCCCGUUUAACAAAACUUAUCGGAAUCAGCCGCUUUUCGGUAUUUAGGAUUUUUUUUCUGUGUCUUGUCGCGUUUUAUAGCGUACACAAUUUGAUUACGGUCGUUUUAAUUAAUUUUAGAUAAGCGAUUCGGGAGCGCUGAUGUACAUCAAAAACGAAUUUCCGAAACGACACUCGUUCACACUAGAACGAUAAAAGUAUUUUCUCGUAUUAAUCUCUCACGCGAAUCACAAGAUGGAAUAUUAUAGCAAAUUAGAUUGCACGUUUAUACGGACGACGCCGGGAGGUGUUUGCGUUUUAAUUAAAGUGAACAGAAUAGCGAAUUUCAACACGGAAUUGCGACACAAGCGCGUCCGACUCGGCGGUAAAAUAUAUUUUAACGUUUUAUAAAUAUAACAUGAUAUUCGGCCACGAUUACGAAAACAAAAAAAAAAUAACAAAAACAAAAAAAAAAAAUAAUGUUUUAAAUCAUUUAUUUAAUAUCGAUUAGUUUAAUAAUUAUGCUUCGGCGGCGCUGACGAUAUUAAAUUUCGCAUAAAUGAUGUAUUGUGCGCAAAAGGUUGAAGUGUUAAACGCAAUCGAAAAUAUUAAUACCCGAUUAGUUUUGUACCGCGAAAGAAGAAUUAAUACGAAAUGAACGUCAAAUUAAUUUAUAUUUUAUAACGUCGGUUUAAAAAGUUGAUUAAAUCGCAAGAUAAAUUACGUUAAACGAAUUAAUAACAAAAGAAAGAUUAAAAUAAUUCCACGUGGGUAUAACGCGAAAAAAAUAGAAAAAUAAUACAAUGUUGUACAAUUCGUUAUUUGAACACGAAGAUUUUAAAACUAGUCGAGUGGAGGCCCGGUAAUAUAAUUUCUAUCGGUUUUAGUAGGUUUGUCUAGAUUUUAGAUUUAGGGUAUGCGCGAAAGAGUCCUGACUAUAAAUUAAAACGUAGACGAUUUACUUUAAAUACGGGUCUACGGGUGGUUAGAAUAAAUAAAUACAGUGAUUUAAUACUCCGAAAAUGUUUUUUUUCAUUUUAAAGAAAUGUCGUCAAUACGCGUUAUAACUGUAAACUAUUUUAGAUUAUGAAUGGAGCGAAGAAGCUUAUAGUUUUACAAAGAUGUUUAUUUUUUUUUUUGUCUGUGCACAAUUUUUCUGCCAGUAAUUUCGCACCAACUUUUAAUAAUAGCAAUAUUUCUAAAAUUAAAUUUCACUAGGGAGGAAAUUUUUGGAUUUUCCCACCUCCUAAAAUGUGAAAAACCGGGCUAAAACAUAGGAAAACCCGGAAAAUCGUAGGAAAACUGGGAAAAUUGGUAUAACAAGAAACAAAAUUUAUUAAAGAAAAAGUAUAAAGCCUAUUUAAUUCUUAGAUUCAGAGCAGAACGAGGAAUGUAUUUUUUUUUUUAUUUCAGAACAACUUUUCUUCCAGAAACCUUGCUCUGAUUUUUAAGUGUAGGACGUUUUCUAAAAAAUACAAUUUUUAUUUAGAUGAUGCAAUAAAUAAGUCAUUUUUUUAAUUUCCAAAUGGUGUUCAUAAUAAAUUAGCAAACCCGGGAAAAAAACAGGAAAAACGGGAAAAUGUACGAAAUAAAUUACUUUCAAAUUUGUUUUUUGCUGUCAUUCAAUUUAUAAUAUUCACAAAGACGUGAAAUUUGGAAAGAGCACUUAUAUUUUACUUUUCUGAACGCGGUAAAGUUUUCAAAAUAGUUUAACCAUUUUUGAGUUUUUUUUUAGACAUUUUAAUUUUGCGAGUAUUUUAUGCUAUUUUUAUUUGGCAGGUACUCUGUAGAUUAAAUUUUUCAACCAAACAGAAAUGUUUGAAAAUUUUUGUGGCAAAAAUAAUUUAGUGAAAUGAUGGAUAUUUUUUUUAUAAGAAUUUCAUUAUUAAACUUUGACGAAAAUAGUAAAUAUUACGGCGUUUCAAAACAUAUAUUCAUAUAACCGAACUUCGAUAUCAAUAAUUUAUCGCUGGAUACAGGUAUAAAUUGAAUCGAAACAAAAUGAUUGGGAAAUGUGUGCGGAAAAUCGUCAAAUUAUAUAUCGUCUAACAAUUAAUACCUAUUUAUUAUGUUUCUCUUAAAAAUUAUAUCCGCGGGCUGUAACUAGUAAGAAAACAAAAAUACUCCUCUAUGUUUAACGUUUUUAUUAUUUUCCUAAUAAUAUGUAUGUGUGUUUUCGUAGCUGACAUUGUAAGUCCAACAAUAUUAGGUAUGGUUUCCGGUGGUUCGAUCGUGCGUAAAAAAUAUAUUGACUCUUAUCUGUUCUCCGAAAACGGCAAGAAAAAAAGAGAAAACCUCCGAUACGAAAAAAAAUAAAUAGUGAUAGUGUUUGCGUGCAUACAUACCUACAUUCGUAUAAUACGUAUGUAGGUAUGAACAACUCAAUUGGAUUUCGCAGGAUCUUUAGUCAAACAGAUAAAUUUGUUUAUUUACAUAAGGGUGUGCUGUGUACGAGUACCUAUUAUGUAGGAUAACACGAUGCUGUCUAUUGCUUUUUGACACAUUUUGUGAUUUUUUUUUUACACGCCUAUUUACAAUAAAAACAUAUAUUACUACAUCCGUUAUGUGUUGCGUUACGGAUUUGUCGACUCGGGUUUUCAAGUAAAACAAAUUACCAUAGAAAUAACCGCGCGAAGUUUGAUAACAAAACAGUAAACUGAAAUAUAAUAAUUUUUCUAUUAAAAAAUUAAUUUGAUCCUAAAAAUAAAAUCAAAUAUUAAUACGAAUAAUAUUUAAAAAAAAAAAUAAUAAUAAUAAUAAUAAUAAAAAAUUCUGUUUGUGUUUUCAAAAGAUAUUGGUUAUGAUACGUAUUAUAGUGACGUUCCUUGGGCAAAUACCCGAAGGGACACGAAAUCACGUGUUUUUGGUUAACUUUGAGCAAGUAGUCUCAUUCCAGUCGUAAAUUCAUAAUGUCGACUCAUUAUGUUAAAAGUCGUAUAGUUCUUAUUUUUACCUACCUCGUGUAGGUGUAUUAUUAUAUUUUACACUAAUGAACGUAUUUAACCUUUUCUAAAGAAAAGAGGGAGGGGUGGUCAAUCGACCGCCAGGGUGUAUUUACCACGAGUAAUAUUUACGCGGUCGGAUAGCUUAUUUCGCUAGGGUCGUUAAAACGCGAGUAUAGUCGAAAGGUUUAUGUUCUCACGAAUAAUAUUUCCGUAAAAUCCGUUUUAUCAGAGACGAACGAGCAUAAUAAAAGAACAAUAUUUUCGCUCCUGUGUUAAUAACUGCGCUUUGCCUAACCUUGGCCUAACCUAAACGUACCUACAUAUCCUGAAUGUUGACAAUAAUAGCCAAAUCAAACAUGCCCGCGGAAACAACGACCGGGUAUAAACAUAACAGAACGCCAGUGGAAAUUAACGCCACUGGUAAAAAUAUCUAUAAAGGAAAAUAGGACCAUCGUGAAAAUUAGACACUCACAUAUAUGUAUAUUUAAGUUCAAGCUUUUCAUUUGACUGUUUUUGUAUUCGGCCAAGUUUCCCUCUGGCUAUUAUUUUUUUUUUUUUUUUUGUUCGACUGCAUUUUCCUCUGGACAUUUUUUCCAUUAUAAACUACCCUCGUUCAAAAUCCCCGGCAAUUUAACCAUUUCUCGGCCGGACAAAUAAACAACGAUAUCGCGAUCAAUCUAUAAUCGAGCCUCGAUUACAAAAACACAGAUUAAAAUAUUACUGAUGUGACGGAUUCAUUUUUAACGAAACGAAAUCCAAAAAAAAAAUAAAAACAAAAAUAAAUAUAGGUCGACGAUCCCUGGCACGUUUGUUCCGGUUCACCGGGCAAUUAGCGUGGUGUUUGGCGACGUAAACGGGCACUCGAAACCCGACGAGGUGAGUUGAGAAAUUAAGCGGUACGGUACGUACUCGAAACAAAUACAAAUAUUUGGAAACUUGAGCCGUGUACGUGCGCAAUACGGAAAAAAGGUUAUUUAAUUAUUUCGCAUUCUGUCGAAACCACGUAGUCUAUUUAUUUUUUCUAUAUACGCUGUCAUUUUAUUCGGACUGCUGGUACGCUGUUUGUUUUACCCUGUACACAAACAACACGCGGAAUAUCCUCGACGAGCAUACAUACCGAUCGUUCUAUCAUCACGUACCAACCUCCAAUUAUUAUCUUUAUACGAAGAUUUCAAUAGCAUUGAAUUUAAUUUUGGUUUGUUUUUUUCAUACAUUAUUACGCUCUAAAUUCAACUAUAUAUAGUAAUUAUAUCGUUUAUCUUAAGGGGGCGAUCUCAUACUUGUUUGCAUCGUAUUAUGCUGUGUUAUCAUGUGUCGUUGUAGAAUGCGCUAUUACGUAUGCGUGAUACGGCAUAUGACCUGUUUUUCCGGAGUGAUAAGAAAGGGACCAACCUAAAUUCAUAUGCAGAUAGAUAUACCAACUUCGAAACGUGAAAAUCUCUUUAAAAUUUCAAACACGAUACUACAGCUUCAAGAAAGUUAAUGUUCUAAGUGUAAACAUAAAACCUAAAAAUCUUUAGUGAAUGAAAACGCACGGCGGGUGUAAAUAAAAGUAGAGGUAAAAGUUAAAAACUCAGAUCAGAUAAAUCUAUAUUUUGAAGUAGGAAAGUCGAUAAUCUAGUCUAUCAUGAUUCACAGUCCAGCAACGUCAAUUCGUAUUAAAUUCGUACCGAUGAUAAUAAAUUCUAAUUUAUGUUCUACUUCUCUACUAUUUUUCUUGUUUAAGGUUGUGUUUCUUAACGCCCCGAGAAAACUGUUAUAAGCCCGUAUGGUACGCUACAUUAUAAUUAUAUACGGUCCGGUUAUCACAGAGCUAACCCUAUUAUUUCGGUACAAUAAACUGCCGCCAGAAGAUAGAUCCUUCGAAUUAAAAUUCCGGUCUAAGACAUAGUAUCGUUAAACCGCGACGAUUUUGAAAACAUACAGGAAAUUGAUAUUGUUCGAUUUUGAAAACACUGUAAACGAGAUCGUUAUAAUCGAUAUGGAAUGGUUAUAUGUAUAAAAAAAAUUAUAUUAAAUUAAAAUAUUUACUCAAAAUCUUCAGACGUAUAUAAUCGCUGAUUAGGGAUAAAUGAAUCGCUCUAUAUAUUAUAUUAUUAUGGAAACUAUUUCGUAUAUUUUUCUUGUGUUUCCGGUUGAAAAUAUAAAUCCUAGUAUUUAACUGGUACAGUAUUAUAUAUGCGCAUUAAUAUAACAUGUUAUUUUAAUGUUAAUUUUAUUAAAUUGUAAUACGGCUGUCGCGUAUAACGUAAAUAUCCGUAUUUGUACUGCAAGUGCACCUAAAUUCUAAGCACGAAAAAUGGACAAAAAAAAAAAACACUAAAUAAAGACUAGAUGUUUGAAUUUAAUAUAAUAUUUAUAGCAAAGGAAUAAGGGAAAUGACCAAAGUAACCUGAGUAACAAUGAGCUACGUGAUGGAUCAGUGGUUUGGACUGCACGUAUAAUGAGAGUAGAAGAAACCGAUAGUGAAGUUAAGGCAUCGAUUAUUAUUGAAUAAGGCAACCGACGGGAAAACGGUUUGAAAUCGAAACAAAGACGCGAUUGAAGAUACGCGGUGGGAUUGCGCGUAUAAAUGAUUGGAAAGAGAGGGUACAGAACCGUGAUCAUUGGAGGGCGGCGAUACCGGCAGCCAGUUGUGAAGUUACGUCGUGUUGAUAACGAUAAAGACGUUGAUGAUAUUUUACUAAAUUUGAAUCGAUUAUUAUGUUUGAGUUGUAUACAUUCGAAAACGAAUAAACUCGAGAAAUAUAUAUUUAUAUUAUCGUUUUAAUACAAAUAAUCGCGUAUAAAUAGGUCAUCGGACAAAGUAGGUAUACCGGAUGUAUAAUAUUAAAUUAUAAUGUACGCAAUCGCAUUAAUCAAACUUUUCAAUAUUCGCGAACCGUUUAAUAAAACUUUCAGCAAAAAUAUUUAAACUAAAUACGGAGGAAUAUUAUUAUUUAAUGUCCGUUGAAAAUGCGCGUUGGUAGUAUAUAUAGUUGCAGUUGUUAUAAAAUAAUAAAAACGGACGCAAACUUUAUUAUUGCUUUAUGAAAAUCGCACUUUUAACGGUUUACUAAUAAAACAAAAAAAAAAAAUUUCAUUAUUCCUUAUAGUGUUUAGUUUUUAGUCGCAGCAGUGAACUCGGUCAAAUUUCCCGUCGUUCAGGUUCAACGCACUUCCCGGCCGUAUAACGUCGGGCCCAGCAGGUUUAAAGUGACUAAUUGCAACUGUUCCGGGUUACGGGUCGGCGGCGUCGUAAUUAAAGGUCGUUUUCGCAGAAACGAAAUCCCUUCAAUUCCCCCCCAAACACCCCUAUACACCACCGUUUUUUUGUUCCUCAUACGCGCACUCCGUAGGUCGGUUUCGUCGUCACGGUCCAAAGCCUCGUACAUGGUAAGCGGGCCCCCGUCAGUUCGACCAAGUAAUUGCCAAGAGAGACCCUGUUCCAUUAGAGCCGUCGUUAAAUGAUCUGACCAAAAAAUCCGGUAUCAGCUGAUUUCCCCGAGCGACGAGAAAGGUUUAAAGAUUUUUUCGUAAAAGCGUUAUUGUCCUCUGAUCUUCGGUCCAAUCCUACAACAUUCAGUAUCAGUAAUCGUGCGUUCGUGCGACGGUCGUUUUAGCCUCGUGCGCGAUGCGAUUAAAACGAAUAUCGAACGGAUUAUUCCGGUUAAAUGUCGAGUUCUGUUACGGUUCCCGAUUCCGGAAAACCGCGAAUUUUAAUAUUAUUCGAUUGUCUUUAUUAUUUAUUUAAAAUAUACUGUAUAGAAGUCUUGGACAGUAGCUGAUGAAAUUGGAUGAAUUAGAUCGAAUUGGUCAAGGCCGUUAAUAAACGCAAAAUAUGAAGAAAAUCGUCAAAUACAAUUUACACGGUGUUUUUUCCGAAACGUUCUCUAGAUAGCUGCACGCGUAUUUUAUCACACGACCGUAAACCGUUUGCUAUUUUAAUCUAAACUCAAACCUGUACAAGACGACGUAGGAUUGUAUUGUUAUUACGUUUAGAGUGUUUUCUAAUAUGAUCGUCGUUUCCGCGUCUAUUUCCACGCAUUAAUCGCGGAAGGAGGUAAUUCAGACGGGGCCCAUCAUCGCCGUAGUGAAUUUCCUCUCGAAAAUAUCGGCUAUUUUCGCACCCUCUUGACCGUUUUGGUAAAAGUAGAAAAACGUGUCGAAUCUCGAUGCCAAGUGUCCGUUUAUAUUGGAAACUAUUACUAUACGCCCUCCUCGUGCCGAAUCGGUUUACACGUCGGGUUCUUUACGCCGUCAUCGUCGUGCCAAAUACAAUACACGGAGGAUACCUAUACCGAGUAAACGACCCGAAUGUCGAGAGAAAUCUAACCGAAAUAACUCUUAAAAACUUUUUGCCUCUUACACUACUAUAUAUAUAUAGUAUCUCACGUACGCAUUCGACUAUCUCCCGAGAAUUCGAUUUUUAAAAGUAGUAAAAAUCCAUUUUUUUCUUCCCGUACUAAACUUAUCAGUGGCGUCAUUUAAACCGCGCAAGAUCCGACAUUUGCGCAUUCAGAAUCCAAUAUCAAAGUGAUCCGGCCCGUUGUAAAUUGUUUGAAUAAUGGACACAGUGAUACUAACUGAUUUACAUAAAUAUUUUAUUUUUAAAUUAAUAUUUUCUUCUAAUUUUGAUUUGUAACAAAAAAAAAAACGCGAUUACGACACAACGUAAAUAUUUAUAAUCCAGACGAUUGGCGCAUGAAAGUUUAUUAGUUAAUUUUGUAAUAUUUUAUUAGAUAGUUUAAUAAAUUUAUUCGAAAAUAUGUGAAUUUUUUUCCUGUUGUUUUAAAACUUCUAGACAAGUUUUGUGACCUGUAAUACACGUGAAUUAAAAAACAUAUUGAAAUGACCCUAUUACUAACACAUUGAUUUUCGCGCGGCAAGUAAAUCGUAGGUAUAGCGGGCGAUUCUUGUGUCGUCGAGCAUUCAUUAGGUAUUUCAAAAAAUGUUACUUUUUGUUAAAUAAUUUUUCUCUGAUAAUGAUAUCCGAAAAAAUAUAAUUCUUUUCGAGAUAAUUAUAGUCUUAUCGAGGAUCACUCUGUAUCGCAUAAGAAAAGAUAUAAUAUAAACGAUAUAUUAUGUUAUGUUCGCAAGAGACUACAAGAGUUUCUUUUAUCCGAGGAAUGUUAGACAUUAAAAAUAUUGAUUAGCUGAUUUUUUUUUCAAACUACCAAUUACGAUUUCGACACGAUGUCAUUUUAUUCCCCUGUAAUAUCAUUCGCAAACUCAGAAUCAUAUCACGCCGGUAAUGAUUUAACCUUCCCGACUUUGUUUUUUGUGUCUUCUCGUGUUGUUUUGUAUAAUUUAUUUACCAUGUUGAAAUAACAGUAAACGAUAAUAACGCGUAAAAUAGUACGAAAAGCAAAAAAAAAAAAGCAAGAAUUAUAUUCAGCGUUCGGCUCUGAAACGAACGAAAAUCGUUUGUUCACGAAGCGCUAAGUUUGCGCGGAAAACGAAAUCGAAAAGCCGCCGUUUUAGAAAGGAAAACGCUGUGGAAAUGACCGUGUUACAUGAGAAGUCACGACGUUAUUCCUUUUUUAAAAACGCAUAUCGACAACGGCUAAUAACGUUUACUAAUGUACACGAAUGCCGCGUUUCACAGUAAUGGCCAGGGACGGAUUUACGAGGGGAGGAAGGGGAGUGAUCUAGUGAUCUAGAGGGCGUGGACACCGUUAAAUAAUAGUUUUUUUUAUGAAAUGUCGUCAAUCAAAAAAAAAAAAAAAAUCCAACCGUUUGCAAAUACAUAAUUUAAAAUACACCGUAAGUUAUUUGCGAUUUUUCACGAUCCCUGCCGGAGGAGAAACGUCGAAAAUCCGCUUUGCCGGUCGCGCACCUGUCCGCCGUCAAUCGCGCGCGUAUGUCCAAUCGAAACGGACGGACAAACGAGAACGGUUAACGCGUCUGAUCGCGCGGUAAUCGGAUCGCGCCCGCGUCCCGGACGUUCGCCGACCGCGGGCCGGAAUCGUAAACGAUCUCGAACCGCGCGAGAUCAACGCCACGUUAUUAUUGUUUUCGCGCGUUACGGCGGCGGCGGCGGGGUGCGGGUGCGCGCAUCGGUUUCGACCACUCCGCCGCGCGUUCCGAUAACGAUAAUAAUUGUUGUCGUCGUUGUCGUUACAGAUACAUUGUCAUCGUCGUCGCGCGUUACGUUCGAAUAUCGGGCGGAGUUUCGGGCGACCGCGGAAACGACACCGCCCGACGCCGCGCGUCGUAAUAGUGCGACGACUAUUACCGCCGCCGUCGAUAUCAUUGUCGCGAAAUAUCGUUGCCGCCGCGGCGGAGGGGAGGAAACGGUCCUCGAAAUUGGCGCGCGUGACUUAUCGCCCGGUUAUCGGCGUACCAGAAGAGUUUCGAACCGUCUCCCUCCCCCAACACACCCUCCCGCCGCGCCGAUCAUCCGGUCGUCGCCGCCCGCAUCGUGAGUCGGACCGACCGCAGGUCUCUACCGCCACCGCCGCCCGGGGCCGCGAGGUCCUUUGGCGCAGUCACGGUUGACGCGAACGCUGAUGAGUUUCGAAUUAGUUUGCGCGGCGAGACGACGGGCCUUUGAUGCGGCUUUUGCUCGUCCGGCCAAAGGUAUUAUUAUAAUAUUAUUGUGUACGGGUACACAACGUUGUUUCGACGUUUCCCCGAGUCGUUUGUUCGCCGUCAAACGCGGCCGCGCGGUGCUUCUCGCCAGCCGAGUCUUCGGGAAUUGACGUGUUCAUUAGAAGUCGGGGUUUCCUUUUCAUUUUUUUUUUAAAACUACACAAUACAAAAAUUCAGCUACACCUGACUGAUGGUCGUCGCAGCAUUAUCCCAGACAGUUCGAGUUCGAGUUUAUCCCGUGAACACUGCAGUUAUAUGAGUACUACUAACUUCAGAUUACGACUUAGUAAUGCAAACAUGAGUCUGGGUCAGUUCCCAACUUCUCACUCACAACAGUGGCCCACCCAUCGUGCGAUAUAUGUCUGUUUGUUUUUACAUUUUUAUAAAUCUAAUUAUUUUCACAUUUUAUGUAUGCGAAUAAAUACCAUAAAAAUGAUCUAUUUGAUUUGACUGUAAUUAUGGUUUUUUUUAAGCUAAUUCUAAAACACACAAAGUUAAGCUAGUCGCGCUGUUGAAAUGGCGGAUAAAAAUAUGUACUAAAACGGUCUCUCUCGGCAUUUGAUGAUGGGCCCAGUAUCUCGAACUUAUCUUGUCGUUAUGGACAGUAGCAAUUGUAUCCUGUAAUUAUCUAUGGUACAACGGUACGUGUACGAAUCGGAUAGAUUGUCUGGACGUUUUGUUCUUCCUACAAAAUGUUAUACGAGAACCGUUUAAAAAAUUGAAUUCAUUGUUGCGAGUCGAAACUACGGGGAAUUCCGAAACACGACGGAAAGUUACUGCUGCACCGUAUUAUUAUAACCUGCUGCAGGUAAUAAUUUUCGAUACGUACUCCGGGCCAAAACUUUUAAACCUUUUAGAGCUUGUGUAACAAUUUUAAAUAAUAAACGAAUACUGAUUUUUGUAAUUUUCUUCCCGGCGUCAGACGCGCACAAAAGUUUUUACGGCGUUUCCGGGAAUUCGAGUGGGAUAAGUUAAUCUUCGCGUUAUACGCUGUUGCUUUUCCUAUCGGCCAAUCGGCGUUGACGUUUACGAGACAAUGCGAUCACGACGUUUUUAUUCGAACGGUGCGCCGUUAAAUAACGCGUGAUAUAUUUACUAUUGCGCGCCAUAUUACCGGGAUGAUAUUGAAGUGUUGAAGUGCCUACUUGUGUCGUGUUGUUUAUUGUCUUUGAGCGUGACGUUUACGGGAAAUCGAUUACGGCGCACCGAAAUGGACGAUACCGAAUCGCCGAUGUUUCUCGGGUAUUUCGAGAUUUCGGGUACAUUCGUCGCCGUAAUACCACUGCGGCGUACUAAAAUCGCCCGAGAAUUUCCACGUUUCCGGACGGCGUUGAUAUUGACAUGAUGUUUGGAUAUCCAAUGUUGAAUUCUGUUCGUACGCACGGACCGUUCGUCCGUCGAAAACAGACUAUGCGCUGCCCCCCUCGGUUCGCGUGCGAUUCCGCGUCGAUGAAAUUACCGCCACUCAUAGCGACGGGCGUCGGUGUGCAUUUCGAUGCGGAUGAGCGUGUUUCGCCGGUGGGGUUCCUCGAGGUUCGAACGGAAACGGGCCGGUCGUCGAUAAGGACUCCCGAGAGUAAAACAAAAAACGGCCGGUAUUCGAUUGCGAAAACAGUUAGGAGGGGUGGGGGGCAGGGAUGGGUCGAGUGUCGGAACGCCCAACACCCUCGACACGCCAAUAAUGUAUACGAAAUUCCGUCCGGCUGGCUUCGUUCGAGUGAUGCGGGGGGGGGGGGGUUGAGGGUGCAGGGGAGGGAGACUGUCCGGAGUCGAAAAAUCACUGUCCUCCCGCGUAACACAACACGGCGAAACGUACAUUGAAAUACGCGUUGCACUCGACUAGUAUCAAUCUUCGGUCCGCCUGUAAAACGGCUCUGAAACCCCGGGAGUCCGAGUUCGCUUGGUCCGGAGGAGACGGCUAUAAUAUACUACGGGUGUCCACUGUAGUGUGUAGUUUGUGAAAAAGUAAUAUUUUUUAAAUUCAAUCGACCCAAUAAUACCGCGGUACGGUCUCUGUUUUCGAGGGGGGUGGAGGGUAGGAGGGAGAAAUUCGACUCUCUCUGCGAACGCCUCGACGAAAAAUUCAAAGAAAUUUGAGCGAGGGGAAGGGGCGGUAGAAGGGUUUCGACACUUUCCACUAGCCGUCCCGCCGGGGGAUUUUCGUCACGGCGGACGCGGCGUAGUAAGGGACGUCCAUUUCCCGCGCGAUAACCGCUCUCGCCGCCGCGGGGCGGCGCGAAACAAACAAUACGGCGUAAGAGAGGAUGGGUGGGGGGGGGGGGGGUGUGCGCGUAAUAAAAACCGUACGGAAACCGAGAGAUUCGUCGCCGCGAGGUCCGCAUUAUUAUUAUUACGGAAUCGCCGCGGACCGUAAGCCAAUAAUAAUAAUAAUAAUAUAAUGAAAUAAUAAUAUUCCCCUCUAUAAUAUAGUAUACGCGUGUGUGUAUAUAUGUAUGUUUUGUAUACACGUGGCGCGCGCGGUCUCUUUCGCGCGCGCCGAAAACGGCACGUGCGUGUGCGUGCGUAAUGGACACGGGCCGGCGUGCACGCGCGCGGCGGUGCAAAACAACAACACGACGCCGCCGCCGCCGCCCGAAGUGGCCGGCCGUUAAGUUGAUUAUCGGACGCGGACAGAUUUAAUUGGUAUACCGUGUCCGGCGGUGCCGGGGGCCGCCGCGCGUGUCGCGGAAGCCCUUAUCGGAUUAACGCGGGAACCCACUCGGAGCGCGGACGCUCGAACGGCCGCGCGCCCACCGACGUGCAUUCGUGUAUUGUGUGUACCGCGCGUUAUUAUUACGAUUGUUUUACGCGCCCGCGCGGACCGUCCGGAUUGAACGCGGGACAUUUCACUCGCGUCUUUUACCGGGGCGCGCGUCCGCAGGUUCGCGACACGAUUGUUGGCGCACCGGUCGCACAAACGAGCUAUGGCGACGCGAACGCGAGAAUCCGGUUCGCGGGGCGUCCCCGAUAAUCUGUCGAUGAUAAGAUAAGACAGCUAGCGUUCGCGACGGACCGAGAUGUCUUACGGGGUUCGUGAUCGACAUUGUUCAGACACCUCGGGGGGAUGGGUCUAUUUGUGUAACCGGUAUACCUGUAUAUCGUUUUAUGUGUUUAUCGGUCCCCUAAUAUCAAAUUAAACGGUUUCGGUACGUUAUUGUCCGGCAUUUUUUCGCCUUAUUUCUGUACGUUUUCUUUUUUUUAGAUUGACCCGUCAUAUUUAAUUUUCUAUUGGUGUGUUCAAAUAAGUCGUGGCGUUGAAUUAAACGACUCAAAGCUAUUUGAACUCGGUGGUUUCUGAUUUAUUAUUACCUAACAAGGACACUAGACGGGGACGAACGUAAAUAAAUUCGUUGGCCUAGGUUUCGCUUGAGUUAAUUAUAUUUUAACCGUAUAACUUAACGAGUUAACGAACUUUUAAUUGUCCAUAAAUGAGUUUAGAAAAUCCGUAAUUUUGCACGGCCGCCCUAUUAGAAUUUUAUUUCGGCAUAAUUUGUUUAGAUAAACAUACUACAGGUACAAAUACCUGUUACCUAAAUCUAGAUACUCUUCCGUCAAUAAUGUUUUAUCCGUAUCUAGUUGAAAUUUGUCUAGUUGUCUAACCGGAACAUCGACACUCGCGUGUUAAUAUUUAUUGUCGUCACUCUAAACCGCGGUGGUCUUGGAAGAAUCGACCGCGCAGACACGGCAGUUAUUUUGUCUAUAUUUAAUCUGUUAGGCAGAAAAAUAUUCAAGUCUUUGGCGCCGAGGUGGUAAUUUUCGCAAGCCCUCUUCUUUCUGCCCAUAGUAAAUAUGGGUUUUUAAAAAAAAAAAAAAAACACUAUUUUUUAUCGUGUAAUUUUGUUGAACUGUAUAUUAUAACUGUGCCAUUUAAAUUAUAACAAUACACCUAUUAACAAUGGAUAAGAACAACAGCCGGUUAAUCACUCAGUGAUCAGUACUCAACGAGUAUUGCACUGUGCAUACACAUUAUUUAUCUAAAUCCGUAAAGUAGUUUUACAAUUGAAUGUUUUCCGCUUCUGAGUGCAGUAUGAUAACGACAUAAAAAAAACGUAAAAGUAAUAAUAAUUUUAAUAAAAUCAAUCGGGAUUGUGAGGUUAGAGCGCACGUUUUAACGAUAUUAAAUAUAUGUUUAGCGAAUACGCAAAUACGUCGGAAUCAGACAAAUAAAAACAUUAUAUUGUUAUUUGUUUACAAAAGAAAAAAAAAAAAAAAAGUUGAAUUUUAAAAAAAAUAAAGCACCGUAAAUUUUCGACAUUUUAACGAUUUUAGACAUUCGAAUACAAUAUUAACACACUUGGGAUAGUCCAGUGUUCCGACCCAAUCUCCUGGGGCCGUGCCUACAGCCGUAGUAUUUAAAUACAAAAAAAAAAAUAGUUUGAAAAAACUAGACUUCGAGGGUAUUUUCAUAUAUACAUUUUUCCAGGCGGUUUGACUCCGGUUAGCGCCCGGAUCGGUUUGAAAACGAGAAACUAUAUAUUACAGUGUUCGCCAUUAUUUCGCUAUUAAAAAAAAUGUAUAAUUUGACAUUUUUCGGCAAACGCGUAGGACGUUUACAUGCUAUCGCGCGCACAAUCCGCAUAUAUAUCCGCGUAUCCGUCGAGACGUGAACAUUCGAAUUGUUUUCCGGCCGGCGGCGAGCGACGACGGCGGGGACACCGUCCCGGAGAUCGGAACGAACGGUUAAAUUUCUCAUCUCAAUUUUACGACCUGGCGCGGGCAAUUUCACGUUUGAAAAUCAACGUCGUCCUAUGCGCAGCCGUCGAUGACGACGGAAAAAAAAAAAAAAAAAAAAAAAAAGAAAAAAAGUAAUCGCGUUCGGAAUUCGGUACUUUCGCGGCGGGAGCACGAGACACGGCGGUCGGCGGCGGAAAAGAGAUAAACCCGAAGAAAAGGGGUUCUUCGGGGAAGUGGUGGUGCGCGCUCGGAAAAAGUGCGUUUUUUUUUUUUUUUUUUAAGAUCGUCGUCUCCGGCACGCGGCAGGUAUGUACUCGACAAAUUAUGUUCGGUACGAUCGAUUUUCACCGAAUAAAAACACACCUCCCCGCGCGUGCCGAGCGGCGAUAUUUUAAAGUCACCCCUUCCCCUCCGCCCCCUGCACGCGCUCCACAAUACGUGUCCAUUCUGUGCGCGUGUGUGUGUGUUUGUGUCCGAGAUUCGACCCGAUUUUGAUGUGGCGGCGGUGCGGACGCGGGACAUUUGUAUUCAACGCUCGUGUCGGCCUCAUUUACCGCCACGCGACGCCGCUAGAGGAGGCCGAAGCAGCGGCGGUGACGGGAGAAAAAAGGUCGCAUUCCUUUUAAAAAAAAUAAUAAUAAUAAUAAUAAUAAAUAACCGGAACACUGUAUCACCCCGCCUGACCCUCAACGACGAAAAUCUUCAACGCGACGUCCGCCGCACGGACCGCGAGCCAUGCUGUUUCCUUUUCACCGGGCGCCGGACCGCGAUUAUCGUGUACAGUGUCCGAAAUCGUCGUGAUAGAAAAAUAAUGACUUUCACCGCCGAUGCCCGUUGUUUUCGCGUAGACGCAAAGUCGGAAAGGUCGCCCGCGGGAUGCAUAUAGGUAGACCGAAGCGUCUUCGGAAUGGGUGACGGAAGUUGUAGGGGGCAGUCGUAACGCGUAUCGCAUGGCGUUUAAACACAUCGUCCGUGCCGCUUUAAAGAUACUCAAAUGAGUAGUUAAAAUUAUUGUAUGAUUACUUACGUGAAAUCACCGUAAAAUAAUGUCGGCUGUAUUGUUUUUGAACCCAUACCACCGUAAUAAUAAUACUAUCAUAUCAGAGCCGUUGGCAGUAACUCGUCGACGUUGGGUGAUGAUUUUUCGUUUUCUUUCGCGACGUUGUACCGACCAAAUUGUGUAUUUACAAACACGAUGCGUACGUAACGGCCGACGAGCGUAUAAAUGUUAAAUAAUAAACGAUUGAUAACUACGUAAUAUGUUUACACGAACACGUUGCGGUUGUACCGACCAUGCAACUGCCCCGGUAUUCAGCCCUAAUUACACCUAAUAAUAAGCGAUUUAAGAUCAGACGCGCGCAAAGACAAAUUUUCAAUUUUAGAUUCUUAGUGAAGCGAAGAACUUAUUGGUUUUACAAAGUUUUUUUUUUUUUCUUUUCUGUGAAUACUUUCUACGAGAAAGCUUACUCCGGUGUAUACCAUGUAGACUCUUCUCUGAAAGGAAAUUUUCUCAAGGUGAUACUUUAAGCAGGUCAUUUUUCGAUUUUCUCCGGAGUUUCGCUCAUCAAAAAAACCGAGAAAAACAUAGAAAAACCAGGAAAACAUAAGAAAAACGGGAAAACCAGUAUAAUGUCAAUCAAAUAUUAUUAAAGAAAAUAUAUAAUGCCUAUUUUACCGUAAUAUGACAUAUAUAUUGUUGUCAAAGCAUUAUUGUCAACUGAACUCCGCUCAGAAUCGUUUUUAAUAAGCGAUGGUUUAUCGUUGCUUACGGAUACAAAUCUAUUUCCUCUCUAUAUCCACCUUCCCAACUUCUCACCAACACCAGUGGCUGCACCCAUCCCCGUUAUCCUAGGACAGCUUUUUAAUUUCAUCCCUCCAACGGAUAGGUCAACGGACUAUCGUGCGGGUAGGAUACACAAUAAUAUGCAGCGGUCGAAAGUAUUAUUGGUUAAGGGUACCGGAGCCGGUGCGUUUUCAAUUAAACAAGUCAUAUCGUACCGGAAAGACACCUUGUAAAAUAGAUGGAUUUCAUUCGAUUUCGUAUUUUGCCGAAAGCGACUCGUACGUUUAAAACGUAUGUUAUCGAGUAUCGUCUAUAGGUACAAUAUUAUAUUUAAUUUAUAUGUUAACAUGAUGUACGAGUAUACGCGUGAAAAUAUUUUCAUUAAAAUCGAUGCCACGGCUAAAUAGUCUUUAAUCGUCUAUCGUUUGUCCACCUCUUCGGGAAAAUGGAAAAUUUGACCACGAAUUAUACAUUGUGAGGAACACAUGGACAACAAUAUUGAAUGAUCAAGUUUUCGAUAUUUCAACAGUUUUUCCAAAUUCGCCGUUCAAGACGAAAACCGUUUUGCACGCGUCUUGAAUAUCGAAAAAUAGGAAAUCUGAUUAUUGACUAUUGUACUGUGAUCGAAAAUAUGGGUGCGUACAAAAAUUUAAAGUUGAUUGGACCACGAAAAGUGGCCAAUAAUCGAUUAUGAGUUUUAAAUUUAUACUUCGCAUUCCUUCACCGUUGUUUAAGUAAAUAUGAAAAAAAAAAUUUAAACAGAUUGUUACAAACGAAGCACGAUUGUUUGGGACGCUCACUUUUCGCUAAAUAACAAUUAAACGUUUUAUUAACUAGGAAAUUAACAAGUUUGAAGUUUGUCGUGAUAUUUUCGUCAGAUUUCAAACGGAAAAAAAUAACCGCGCAAAUUUCAAAACGUUUCUAUAAAUAACUGCGAAAAACAGCCAACAUGUUUUAUGCUCGGUUAUUCCCUUCGCUCCACGCGUGUGAUAGAUAAUAGCGUCGACGCUGGCAUUUCCACGACUCCACGUUCCACCAGCUCGAUCCGUCUUAUCGGAAAUAUUUCGCCAAACAGUUCCCCUAUAACAUCCGCCACCCUCUCUGCCACUGCAUCCAUCUCCCACAAUCUAAUAGUAUUCACACCGCUUAAACCCUUUCCGACCGCAUCGCUUCGUCACCGCCCCUGCUCUUUCCGGCGGCAGCGGCGGUACCGAGUAUUAUGAGGUGCGGUGUGAUUGAUGCGACAGCCGCGGGAUGGCAGUGCUCGGCGGAUAUACGUAUACGCGGAUACGGUACACAGACUCGGUUCGACUUGCGAAAGUGAUUAUCGUCGUGUUCGGUUUUUUCGUUUUAUUAUUAUCAUUAUCAUUUAAACACGCGUAUAGAACGCGCGGAUGAUGUAAUACGGUUUUAUCCGCGUAUGAGAGGAGACCCCAAAUAGUGAAUCGACUCCGAAAUGCGUUUUUGAACAAUACCGUAUAAUGUCUGGUUUUCACGUAUUAUACGCCCGAUACGUCGUGCCCGACGUUUUCACGGAAUUCUACUUCUAGUGUCCGUAAAUAUAAUCGCGAAAAUAAUUUCCGUAGAAAAACCGUCGAACGUAUAUUAUGAUUCAAGAUCGAACAAAUCGAUGAAUAACAAUUAAUUUAAUUAAAGUUUAUCCAAAAAAAAAAAAAUUAAAACGUAAAAAAAAUUCAUUAAGUGGAUUUAUUAGUUAUAAUUCAAUUCAUUCAAAAGUUAAUUUGGCAAUUUAAUUGUCUUAAGUUUAUCACAUUGAAUUUAUAAUUUUGUAAAAUUUUAAAUACCUUGUGAAAAUCGUUAACACCUAUAAUUUAUGAUUUUUUUUAUUUUUUCAUUUAAAUAAUUGUUUAACGCAGAGACAUUUUCUGGGAAAUAAUAUUUAUUUUUGAAGACGUAGUUAGGGGUAGCUUGAGAGGGGGAUCCAGUAGGAAGCUACGCCUAAAUUUAUUUCAAACUUCAGAACUCCACACGUGUUUGAGUACAAUGUUGAGUAAAAAAAUUGUAUUUAUACGACGACACCUAUUCGAAUUGAGUAAAAUAUUGUACUCUAUGGAUUGUAAAUGUAAUCGUAUAUUAAAAUUCAAAUAAACCGAAAUUAAUUUAACGUGCUACUACUCAAAAGUCAAAAUGAAUUAAUUAUGUAUUAAGUUAAUUUCACUGUAAAUUUAAUUUAAAUAAUCAGAGAUCAAAAGCCAUUUUGAAAAUUAAAUUAAAAUCUACUUUUAACUUUUUAACUCGUUAAUGCCUUGCUUAAAUCAACAUAUAUCAAUAAAUAAGAAAGUAAUUUUUGUCCAACGAGUAAUUCGUUUCGUUAUUCGCGAUAUAUGUAUGUAAUAUGAUUUCAAAGAGUAGUAUUCUGUGAUAUUCCCAAGUGUGAAAAACACAAAAGCUGACCUCACCAUGCAUCGACUGGCCAACAUUUUCUAUCGGAAAUCCUGAAGCUUAUCUAUUCCUUAAGUAAGUUAAAAACCAGGUUUUCCUCAUCAUCUCGAAUAUUAAUGGGCUUUCUGGUAGAAAACUAAGAUCUUAGUUCGCGUUGUGUACUGAUAUAAACGAAACCGGUUGCACACAUCCUUUAGGACAUAUUGAUUUUUUUUCGUAUGCACAUAUAUUCAAUUAUUUGUACCGUACGUAAUUAAUAUUAUUUCCAUGAUUAAAUUUCGAUUAAUUCGGUUGUUUUUUUUUUUUAUUAUUAUUUUAUGUAGAAAAAUUAUUCACAGACAGAUCAAAAAAAAAAAAAAAACACGCGUCAUAAUAUAGCAAAACCGAUACGCCGAAUAUUAUAUUCUCCUCGUCCUCAUACAUAUACAUACUCGGAAUGUAAAAAUCCCCGUCGUCGGAUAUUAUCGCCGUCCGAAAAAUGUCAUAUCGCGUUUGAUGUAUCGUUGAGCGUUCGAGGGCAAAAAUAAAAUACGAAAAAAAAAAAAUAAAUAAAUAAAGAAAUUUUACAUCAUUAUAAUAACAGCGCACCACGCGCCUACGGUAGCUAGACGAGCCGCUCAUUCGCCCCGUGAACGUUUCAUUGAUAACGGAACGGGCGGCGGGAAAAUAUUAUUUACACUGUAAAAUUGAAAUUGGCAUCGUUUCGCGUUUUUAGCGCAAUCCACGCGCACCGGUAAAACGGAUCGCAUUCGCGCCGAUGAGAAUUAACACCUAACCGCAACGUGCGCCGUUGAUAAAUCCGUUUGAUCCGCGUCGUCGUCGGCGCCCGAACACGAAACAUUCGCGUGCGUCGCAAUAACGUCACGCGCCGUGCGCGUUUUUGUCGCGCCGGAAAUUUUCUCGCGAUAUUUAAUUCGAAACAAAUGACCGGCGCCCGCGUUCACGGCAUUCGCGCACAGCGUCCGGCCGUACGUUAACGUAUUUUAAUUUUCAAAUUGAAAAACCGAAAAUCGCGCGCCCGACACCACCGCGCGAUAACAGCGCCGCGUCCAAUCGCACCGCUGCUCCGCGUCACGAUAAUAUUGUAAAUUUUUUGUUUCAUUUCAAACGUACUUUCGAUUGUUUCGAUUGUCGCGGCGUUCGUUCGGCAACCAGCGUGAAAACCAGCGGUGUACGUUAUUACGUGUAAAAUACGCGCGUGGGAAUACGGGGAUAUUCAAAUUUUCCCGCGUGCAUAUUAACUGAACGGAUAGCGAAAAAACAAAAAAGAAAUUCUAAAAACUAAAAUUCGUAAUUGUUUCGAGUGCCGACGAAACUUUCGAGCACAGCGAUUCCGGUUUCGCGAAAUUCUCCCCGAAAUUAGCAGCGGCCAUUUUCUCUGUUAUAUAUUUCCCUCCCCCCCGUGCCCUCGCUACUUUCGACCAUCAUCAUCAACGACUCUUUCGGGUCGAAACGAGCUGAGGUUCUGGAAUUCGCGUUGUACAACUGAAACGAUCGAAAUUCGAUUUAAUUCCAAUGUGAAUUUGACCACGGUUGUUACGGGAGCAGAGUGUUUUUUUUUUUUAUACAUACGGAUCCUCCUCAAUUAAACUGGAUGCACGGAAUGUGUUGUAUAUGCAUGACGUAAGUGUCGGUGCACAUAUCACGCGCUUCUUGGGGGUUUGAACUUUCAACUCCCGCCCCUACCAUUUUUAUGAUCAAAUUUCGUAAAUUGUUUUUUUUUUUUGUAAGUAAUUUAUAAUAUAGUGUUGUUAUUAUUGUUGUAAGUACUCGGUUUUUUUUUUUAUCGUUUUGCAAAGUUCUACAGCAUACUAUGCGAAACAAAUGGCGAGAGAUUCGACUCUAUAUAGUGACGGAACUCUGCUGUUCACUGCAGUUGUUUCUCGUGUACUAUUUCAUAGCGCCGAACGGGGAAACUAAACAAAAUUAAUUUUCCACAAACCGAUUCGUAUUAUAAUACUCAAUUACCUAUACUUAUUACUUAUGUAUUAAACUCUUUAAAUUGCUGCGCGAACACUUUAAUAGCGUUUAUUAGCCCCGAAAAACGGAUUUCCGGGAACAUAAAAACGCAUCGUUGACUCGCUCGCUUUUAUACAUUUAAUCAAAUACGAGUUACGAAAUAUUGUACAUUUUGAAACAAUUCGUUUUUAACUAUUCAAUAUGAAAAGUGUUCAUGAUUUGAAAAAAAAAAUUAUAUAUUUAUGUUUAUUUGCCAUAGUGGGGGGGGGGAUAACAGCUAGUAUCAUAUUGAUACGAAGCAACAGACAUCGACUAUCCGUUGACGUUUCAAUUUAACCUUAUUCGUAUUUCAAUCUAUAUUAUUGGGGGGAAAAAAAAAUAAAAACAUCGCUGCAGUUUAUACGAAAUAAUAACGAACGUCGUCAUACCGAUAAUAUUCAUCGAUAUUUUUAUUUUUAAAAUAAAAACGUUCUGGUUUAUUUUUUUUUUUUUUUUUUUGUUAUAGGUAACUAAAUAAUUUCCUUUCUUUUAUAUUAAAACUCUAUUGACUAAACUCGUACUAAACGUUCCCGCAUUAUUGAAAAUCGUUAAUAUUAUAAAUAUAUAUAUAUUGCUGAUCGAUCGAUUUGCGACGCUAUAGUCUAUUUGUAUAAUACGGCAAAAUACCAUGAAAGUAAUGAGAAUUUUGUUUAUUUUACGUAAAGCGCAGCGGCGAUGGUCUGGGAUGUCUUUUGAAGGAGAGUCCCUUUUUCCCCCGUCUAUUCAUCUAUAAUAACGGUAUUUUUCUCUUUUAACUCCGCAGUCAACUCUAUACAUCGCCCUUAAAGACGACAAGACGACGAGCCUUUUUGUGAAUGCUCGUUACUAAUCAAGAGUAUACGUAUAACGUCAAAGCGUUUUCAGAGCUUCGGGGUUUUAAUCACGGUACCGAAAUUCUUAAAAGGAGCUGAUAAUGAUUAGGAGGGAGUCGUCAUCGCCGCCGUUAAUGUGUUUGUGCAGCGUAAUAUAUUAUUAUUGUAUAUAUAUAUAUAUAUAUAUAUAUAUAUAUAUGUAUACACAUCGUAGUCGUAGAAAAUCCGUUUUUGUGCGAGAAAGCCUUUUGGACUACAACCAUCUGGAUGUCGCAGUGUGGAUCGAAGGUGUGUUGCCGAGGAGGGUUGUCUUUUGAGCUUUUGAGCCGGUCGAAUAGGAAUGUAGUAGCAGUGUAGACACACACACACACACACACAGAGAAAGAUAGACGCCUUGGCAAUCUAUCAUUUGGCCGACGGACCGACAAAUGGACCCGACAAAAGCGAAAAGUCGAGCGACACUGCAGUGCAAAAAAAAAAAAAAUAAAUAAAAAUAAAAAUAAUAAAUAAAUAAAUAAAAAGCGUAGAGAUAUUUUGUCUUCUCGUCUACACACCUUCGGUUCUACCCUAGCUGCACUACUUUUAUAUACCGGUAAACGAUUAUGUGACCUUUUUGGCGCGUAACGAACCUCCGCAAGGGUUCGCGUCGUCGUCGUCGGAGCCCUAUACAAAAUAAACGCAUUAGUCAUCGCCGCCGCCGCCGCCACUGUUGUACAGACACGAUGAUAUUCUCUUAUAUUUCUUGUCACCGGACACGUACAUUUUUUUCCCCUUAUUUUUUACCAUUUGCCUGUUGCUAAAAACGUCCGCUAUAUAUUAUUAUACACCGCACGGGGCGCGUGCUUGCGAUUCCUCCCCUCGCCCCUCUAAAUAUGUGUACCGAUAACAUUAUCUUAAACAUAUUCACAACCGUGACCGUAUAGAUAAAUGUAUUUUGUUGUUUCCCAAUGCGUAAACGCUGCACGGAUACACUUUUAAGAAACGUUUAAAAUGGUUUUAAAUGCGUCGGAUUUUAUUACCUACUUAUUGUUCAAUAUUUUCAAUCCCCCCCCCCCACGUUCCCUCGUUAACUUUUCCCGUCUUAUCCGCGUUUUUUCGUUUUUGUCUACGCUACUCUCCUUAUUGAUAAGUACUGUAUGAUGAUGAAAACAAAUGACGUCUUUGGUCUGCGUCCGUGCCGUCGGUCCGCAGUCAUUCCAAUCGAAACAAAUUCAAUGGACUCGAAUUAUUAAAAAAAAAAAAAAAAACCAUUUAAGUAUACACCGUAUAUACGUAAAUAAAUGGAAAAUAAAACUUUCCGGAAUGAAAUAUGGAGUUGGACUUUAUCGUGACUUCUCCGUCUGACCGAUACGUUUUUAAAUCGGAUUCCGUCACGAACACGACGACGAACGCGUGUUAUUAUUUAUUUCGACCAAUAAUAUAUUUUUUUCUACUAUCAUUAAUAUUCCCUCCGCCCGUUUUCAGAUUACGAGUGUACGGUUUACAAAUGAUUUUUCAUUCCUGAGUAGCGCGCGAACGAGAGAGCAAAAAAAAUAAAAAUUAUGACAACCACCCAUACUGUUGCUGCUCUCGCAUCCCAAGCUAACUAAUGGACGCCGAUUUGUCAGCGCGGCGUUUAGACUCUUCUGACGAGAUGACUCUUUAACAAUGGACCUUUUGAAUUAUUAUACUCCCGUCGCAUUUCCCUCAGAAUUCCAACGUUCGCCAUCGCUGUCAAUGAUAAACACUCAUUGAAUUCCCAACUCGUUUAUCUCUGACCUAACCCCCAACCUCUUUGUCGAAAUCGUUUAGGCGUCGGUGUCCGGUGGUGCCGUCUCGAAUGGCGUUUUAUAAGUGCGUGUACCGCCCGCAGUGCAUAUAACGCCAAUAAACUUCAAUUGCAAAAGUCUUACGUAAAAGUUUCUAUUGCAAUUUUUCGUAGCGAUCGGGAUUUCACAUGGGAAAUCUCCACAUUCUGUCUAUAAUGCACGGAAUCAUGUUUAAAAUAAAAAUAAAUUUAACGUAAUAUUCUCUCGCCGAUGUAAUAUUUUUGUUACUCGAUACUGCAGUAUCGAUGGUCCGAUAUUAUAAAUUGUGGGCUCAUUAUUAACGCACGGUCCGCGUGAAUUUAAUUAUAUUCCGAUAAAAUAUGAUUUCCGAAUAUCCGACGAAACCUCGUAGUAGGUAUUAUUUAUUUUUAUAAAAUGAAUCCCUUGUUAUUUUAUCUUGCGCCGCACAAAGAAUAUACCUACCUACAGUAAUUGCUUUUGCAUAUUUUGAAGACCUCAAAACAGAAAUUUAAUAAAAGGAAGUUACUAUGUACCUAGUACAUAUUAUGGGCUUUUAUUUUAUUUUUAUUUUUUUCCCCAGGAUUAUUAUAAAAUAUAGAAAUGAUACCUUCGACUAUAUUUUAAGCACCGUAUACGGAUUUAUUCGUAAGCUUAUUUUACCCUAUUUUACGACCCAUUGUUGUACUUCAAAUAAUAUAUUAUUAUACCUGUACGUUUUCCUUCGGAACAAAUCUACUUGUUUAUUACUUUUAUUUUACGCAAAAUAAUAUUAUGUAAGCUUAAAGUGGUAGUUUUUUAUGAUUUGUUUUUAAAUUACAAUUGAUAAUCGUACAAGCAUGAACUGAGGAAUACAUAUAUACUCAUAUAUAAUGAGAGAGAGAGAGAGCCGGGGAGUUGGAUAGAGGGUCUCAUUUAACACGCUGCGUUCAUUUCCCUCGUGUUUUAUUAUCAUAUUUUUUUUCAUUUCUUUAAUUUAUUUGUUUACGUGUGUUCUACGUUUGAGUAUGAAGUAAGUAAAUUUACAAACUACACGUAAUUUAUUGUACACAAAUUAGUAUUAGGUUUCUAAACGUACUUUAAAAAAUAAACUGUAAUCUUACAUAGUGUAAACAAUUAUUUUAAAAUAAUUUGGAAAUAUAGUUACGCAUUAUUCUUAUGUGUAUAAAUCUAAAUAUUUUAAAAAAUCUUGAUUCGUAAAUAUUUGACAGGACAUUUUCGAAGUACCUACAUACUGUAAUUCGGUGCCCAUUUUUUUUUUUUUUAAUGGUGGUUAGUAUGAAUUUAUGUUUAAUACAUAUUCAUAUUUAAAUUAUUAAUAUUAACAAUAGUGACGUUAAGGAUAAAUAUGUAUAUAUAUAUAAAUUAAUAAUAAUUAUGCUACGACCAAAAAUAAAUAGGUGCCUCACGAAGAUAUAACCACUGCAGUACCUCCUGAAAAACAAAGAUAAUUUAAUUCUGUUUUAUUUUUAUAUUACUCGCAGAGAUAAGGAUAACAAAUAAUUAUAUUUUGUAAGUAUUUUAAUUGAAUUUUUAAUUUUAUUAUUUUCAAAAAAUUUGAAUACCUAUGUCGAUUUUGUAGAGUUUAUUCUUCUGAAAAUAUUGACGUUUCAGCUAUUUAUUUUCAUAAAAUUCGCGAUUUUUAAUCAAUUCUUAAAGUUUAGAGCAAAGUACCUAUAAUUAUGCAGCAGUCUGUAAUAAUCGCAUUCGCUAAAUGAUUAUUAUCAUUAUGGUUAAUUGACUGUACACUUUUUUUUUCUGAACUUUAAAAUAUUAUUCAAAAUCAUGAAUGUAAUGAAAAAUUAUACGUUAAAAUGUUCAUACAAAUAAACUCUAUACAAUUGUUAUCAUCAAAUUGUUCAAAAAUGUAUUUUUUAAGUUGUUUACCAAAAUAUAAAAAAUCAAUUGAAAUAUAAAUAUGCAUAGUCCUUAUACCUGUGAGUAAUAUAAGAAAAAAAAAUACACGAAAUUCGAUCACCUUUAGUAUAUCCGGAGAUAUUGCAAUGGGUAUAUAUUAGUGGGACACCCUGUAUAUGUCCUUGUCGACCUACCGUCAACAACCGUAACUCUGAACUUGUAACUAUACGGACGUGAACAAUACAUAAUGUGUUUAAAACUUAUAUUUUAGAAAUCUAAAAACUAUAUACUUUUGUGUUUACGUGUGUGUGCGUUCUUCAAAAUAAUAUCUAAACUCGAUUUGGAUCUUUUUUGGUACAAUGUAUUAUAUCGCAGCUAUACAACUAUCAAAUCGAACUUUAUCACUGGUUAAAAUCUAUUUACUUUGCACGGUUUUGUUACGUUUAAAUUUUCUUUUAAAUAAUUCUCACCCACACACGACGAUAUUCUUCAAAAUCAAAUGAUAUGUAAAUGCUAAUAUAUGUAUAGGUAUAUAUAUAUUUAUAUAUGUAUAUUAUCAAAUCAAAUUUUUUUAUUAUUUUUCUCAUAAAACUAUUCAAAAGUUUUUCCUUAUAUUUCGUAGAAUUCGUGGUUGUAUGCAUAAAACUAGAUCGGUCGUGAUAGUUUUACGGUAGAAUAAAAAAUUAAACAAAGGUUAUGACGGUUUUUCAUAAAAUAAUAAAAUAUCUCACUAUAUAAUUGUAUACACUGCGAGUUAAAUCAAAUAACCGUGAUUGAUUUUCACUUUUGAACACAUUCUUCUUUUUCGUCUUCUUCUGUCCUUUAAUAACCUCUAAGAGUUCUCGUCGCCCGCAAUCUGGAUCCCCUUCCAUUCUACUGUAGUCUAAAAUAACAUCUUUCAUUAUUGAACUCCUAAUCUAUUGAAUCUAUCUUCUGUUUUAUGCAGCUAUCCCACAAGGUAUCUUCUCCGUAGAUUACCAUUAUAACACUACCCUAAGCAUCUUCUCCUCAUUUCUUUGCAUGACAUGACCAAGCCAGAUGUUAUAAUUAAAGACCCGGUUUAAUUGCAUUUAAAACACACAAAAAUUGCAUAAUAAAUUGCACUAUAAAAAUUUAAAAGUUACAUAAAAAAAUUAGAUAAAUGUUACUUUUUGUAAUUAAAAUUUAUAAUUAGAUACAUUUCUAAAUUAUUUUCAUUAAAAUUAAAUCUUUUAUUACAUAAAAUAUGUUUGUACAAAGAAAAACUACGUUCUAAGUUUGCAUUAGUUAUUGGUGCAUAUUUAAAACAAUUUAAUAAAGUAAGCGUUAUGUUUAAAUUAACAUUUGAUUUACUUGACAUAACUUUAUAGUAAGACUUCAAAGUUGCAUACCUUUUAUUUUUUUUCAAUUACAUGCAUACAUUUUUCUUUAAUUUUAGGACUAGGAAUAUUUGUUAAAAUAUCUUCAAUUUUUCCAUGUUUUUCAGUAGUUCACUAUUAGAUUCUCCCACAUUUUUAAGAUUCAUGGAUUACUCGGAUAAGUAUAAUUUUAUGAACGCUAAACUACAUUUGAUUAAAUUAUUUUGUGCAAACUGUUUCAGCUGUUUUCGACACUUGUAGCAUCAUCUAUUAAACUUUCAAACACGUUUUUCUUCAAAUUUUCUUCAAACUCUUCAAAAUUAUUUGCAUAGAAAAGUGCAGCAUUUAACCAUGUUCACUAUCUUGUAAUAAUAGGUUCAGGUGAUAAAAGUAUACCCGUCAUUUCUUUUCUGUAUUUAUUCAUUAUAUGUGGUGCUUUUAGGAAAGCUUUUUUUCCUGAAAUAAAUGAUAUAAGUUUCAUAAGUAUUUUAAUUUAAAAUAGUUACUUAAUAUGUUCCUAUUGUCAAUUAAUUUAUUAAUGUCAGGAUAUAAUUUUCGAAUUUCCUCUAGAACUCUAUUAAUUGCGUGCGCCAUACAUGUAAUAUGAAUUAAUUUCGGGAAAAAUAUGUUUUUGAUGUUUUUGCUGCUUUGAUCAUGUAGGUACCAGCAUCACUAAUAAAAAUUAAUACUUUUUGUUCAAUACCAGGAAACAUUCUUGACGAAGAAUUGAUAACAAAUAGUUUCAUAAUUGGUGGAUUCUUGUUCUUUACAUGCAACUAAUUUAAUAAUUAAUAAAUUUGCAAUAGCCAAUAAACGAAAAGAGUAUAUACAUAAUUAUUUUCAAUAUCACUAAUUAUUUACUCCAUAACGUUUUUAAAAAUAUUUGUUAUGUGAUUUUUCCUUAAAGUGCUUUCGUCCGGAAAUGAUUUGCCAGUAUGUUUUUCCAAAAAUUAUUUUAACACAUGAUUGCCCAGCUCAUGCAAAGGAAUAUUUACAGCAACAAAUGCGUUGCAUAAAUCUUCAAAAAAUACAUUUUUACUAUUCGAAUUUUGAGAAGUAAUCAAAAGCUGUUUUUUUUUCUUUAUUCCUCUGUAAUGCAUUUAUCUGUUGAACUAAAAACAAUAUAUGUAUUCAUGAAAUAAUGUGUAGUAAUUUACAUGUGGUAUGAGCAUAAAAUACAAACUAAUACACUUGUUUUGGAAUGAUGAUCUAAUAGAUAUUUUUUUUCAGUAGACACAGAUUUGUUACACACGAAACAAUAUAUAACCUUUCCAUCUGAUGAAAAUACUUCUUUAUCAUCAUUGUAAGGAGCAAUCUAAUUCUAAAUCUUACUUUUUAAAGUUGAUUUUAUUUUAGGCAAUACAUCAAAUACGUUCGCUGUGCGGUCAAACUGAUCAAAGAAAUAUGUAUUCAAGUACCAACAAGUAAACGCACACGAAUCGCUGUACUACUACGUUGAAUUUAAUUACAACCAUAUGUAUGCAUAUAUAAACGCUUAUUGCUUACUGGGCUCUCCGAGCUUCUAGAAAAUUCCAGACGAACGAUAAAUUCCUAUGAUUUAAUAAAACGUGGGAAAAUUUAUACAAAUCGCAUUAUAAAAUUAAAUAGGCAGGAUAUUUUUAGUAUAUAUCGGCUGUAUAUUUAAUCAGAUCCGAUUUUUUUUUUAUUGCAAAAAAAAGUUGCAAUAUCAAUUAAAUCCGGUCUUUAAUUAUAAUCAAAUCAUUGUCCUUUUAUAAAAUUGGCAACUGGCAUUAUCCUAUUCUUCCUGUAAUUUGCAAUAGUAUUUUUCGUUUCCAUGCAUCUAUUCUCUUAUCCUAUAUAGCGCCACAAAUUGUUUCCCAUACUCUUCUUAAAUGAUCUUAGUAGUCUUCAGGGCUUUGGAUUUGCUUGCGAGUGUGAUUCACAUUAUUACAUUAAAUAGUCUUAUUAUUUUUAUUAUUAUAUUUCUUUUUUUAAGAAAAUUGUUGAUUUCAUAAAUUUAUUUAGGAUGAAUUUCUGCUUUUUUUUAUCAUGUUACAAUCUCUCUUGACUAAUAAUUUUUAACACUCGACAUAACUCCUAUAAAUCCUGAAACUCGUUUACUUUUUUUAACACCAUAUCUUCAUCAUCGUCAUCAUCCAUACAUCCCUACCUUCAUUAUUGGAUGCUCGAUCCGAGGCUUGUACUGCUUUUUUGGUGUCGAUUAAUUAACUGCUCAAAAAUAUUAAGUCCAAGCUCUUGGUUUCUUCAAUUUGCAAUUAUUAAAUCUAUGGACGCCCUCUGAAUUUUCCAAAUUUAUUUUUGGAAUACAUUAUAAAAUUCGGUUUUAUGACAUCUAAAUAUUACACAAUAAUAUGAAAAAUAUUUGAAAAAAAUCCCGAAUUGUUUCCAUAUUAUAUCAUAACUUAUAGUGUAGGCAAUAUUUCAUUUAUCUUGAGUUAAUCGAUAGAAUAUGCACUCUUUAUAAUGUACACCUUUAGUACUAUAGAGGAAAGGUUUUAUAGGGCUUAUGUCAAUUUUGGUCAUUUUUUUUGUUUCUAUAAUAUUGUCUUAUGUUGUCUCUUCUUAUUGAUUUUUUGUUAUAAGUGUAUGUUUUUGAACAUAAGUGUAGGUAUGCUGUGUUUAUGUACUUUCGAUUUAAGUGUUUUAAUUCGCUUGUUACGGCCUACUGUCAAUAUUUAAGCGUACUUAAAAUUCAUUAAUGAUGCGUGUAUACCAUACGCGGGCUAAAAAUAAACUGCGUAUUUAAUUAAUGCAAAAUGUGGUCAGAACCAUUGACGUCGCGCGAUUCACAAAGUGAAUAAAUUGUAGACCAAAUUUAUGGCAGUCUAAUGUGUACCAUUAACUCUGUGAAAGUUCAUUAAACGGUAAUGGCACGUAAUAGGGUCGUAGGAGCGCGCCGGCGGUGUUAAGGGUAACGGGAGAAGAGAGAGAAGUAAAGUGUAGUUUCUCGACGUUUACGGUUUACAUAACGAAUGUGUUCUGGGUUCUCACCCGGCAAAUGUGAAAAUAAAACAACGUCAAGUUUUUGACGAGUUUUUUUUUUUUUUUUUGAAGUGUGCACGAAAAACUUUUUCCAAAUAAAUAUGCGUUGGGUGUCUAUAGAAAAUUCAUUCAUCGUAAAAAGCACGUGGACAACGACGGAAAAUCGGUUUCGAAAAUCUAAGCCCAGCGGAAAGUUUAAAAAUAUGAAUUAUAAUAAUUAUUUUUAGAGUUGGGGGGUGUUUUAGACAUUGUUUAUAUUCUAACCGAAUCGAGAAGUCUAUUGGAUUUUGGUAUAACGUGUAUUUUAUUCUUGGGGUAGGGGUGAAUUGCAAACAAUACAUUUUUCUACCAGAAAUUAAUAUUUAUAAUGAAAUUGUUUAUCUAAUUGGUUCGUUGGGAGAGUUAUUUUUCGAUUUUCCUUGUAUUUUUCUUAAUAAACGGGAAAAACUACUUUUUAAAACAUUACGCGCUAGUAUAUAUUUUAAACAAACGAAUAAAAUAAAAAAUACAACGGGUCAUAUUAUAAUGUUGGUUAAUAAAUUUUAGUGAUUUUUUUUCUUUUUAAUGUUUUUUUUUUUUUUUAGAGCCAUACAACAUCUGAACUCUAAAUUAUUUUAAAUAUAUAUAUAUAUAAAAAUUCAUUAUACAAUAAAAAAGACAACGAUAAAAUAGAUAUAAUAAAAACAUCGUUUGGCGUUUGCUUAUUUGCAUGAUGAAAAUAAUAAAACGAACGUACUAAUACAGUAGUUAUGCAAUACAAUAUUUUAAAGUCAUACGAAGUGACCGACCGAGCAGACUCGAUAUCAUUAUUUUUUUCGAUAAAUCCGUAUAUUAAGGAUUAUAUUAUUUUAUUGAGGGGAGGAAGAGAGGAGGCAGUUUGCAUUGCGAUUAAAAACCAUAUUGUAAUCCCAGUCUAGAAAAAUAUCCCGUCAAUUUGUUUUUAAAACUCGAAUAUAUUUUUUUACCAUUUUUUUUUUUUUUUUUUUUUCCAGUAACUAGUAUAGGUAUGUUAUUGCGAGAACGUCGUCAACGUAAAAAAAUAAUCGGAAAUCGAGAUAGAACGUUAUAAUACACAAAACGAUAAUAAUAUAUUUAUAUAUUUUUUAAUAAAUAAUACGCAAUAUUAUUAUCCCUGUAAAUUAUAAUAUAUACAAUAUGCAAUAUUAUUCUCUAGCUCUCUUCCGAGCCGCGCGGGUUAUAUAUUUAAAAAAAAAAAAAAAAAUAAAAAAUAAAAUAAAAAAACAUGUAUUUUUGCGCAUUAAUCCCUAGUUUGCAAUUCGCAUUAAUCAUUCUGUUGAUUCGCGCGCGGGCAGCAGUCGCGUGUACAGUAUAAUAUAGGAUUUUGAAGCCGCGGGUUUCCAUAUUAUUAUUAAUAUUAUACAUCUAUAUAUAUAUAUAUAAAAUUGAUUUAAAGUUUAAAAUAAACUUUUAAAUAAUAUCGGCAUUUUCCCGCAGUGCGGCUGCGUACGUACCUAUACCCACGCGUAUAAUAUUACUCGUAGUAUAUCAUUAUUAUUAUUAUUAUUAUUAUUACUAUUCGACCGACCAUUGAAUUUCAUUGCAUCGCCGUAAUAACAUUACGCGUUAUGUUAUAUCAAUUUUCAAGUUUCGAACGCUCGGCAGAAGUCAUCGCGUGUUUUCAUUCGGCCGAGUUCUCGCGCGAUACAGACCCGAUAAACAUUGUUCGCAAGUACCGCGUAUACAGGGUGAUUUUCCGGGCGUGCUCGUCCCGUUUCUGCGACGGUUAAAUUACGCGUGCAUGCUCAGAUAAUUCGGAUUUCUGAAACGUUUAAUACGUGUAAGACGUUAUUUUCGAAUGGAUUUUUCACGACGUUUGACGGUGUUUAUUCAAUGGCGAUACAAUACGUUGCUCGUUUCGAACGCGUAUUGGCGUUAUGGUGCGAAUCGCAAAACGGAUAAUAUUUAUUUUUUUUUUUUCCCAUUUUGACGUAUCGUAAAUCGAAAUUUGAGUUAUUUCACUUCAAAGACUGGAUAAUGUAUUAAAUAGGUACAUUGCAAGUGGACUGCACAGGGUUUGGUAACAUUAAUACGAAUUACGAUAAGCGGAAAUAAAAUAUAAAUCGAAUUUUCGUGAAAGUAUCUUUUAGUGUCUCAUGUGACAAAUGACAAAAAACAAACGCACAUACUUUGUAUGAUGGGUGGGCCACUGUUAUAAGUGAGAAAACAGCAAGGUAGAAGGGGAAAUUUAAUGUACAUUUGUGCGCAACGAUUAAUCACUGCAAAUGAAAAGAGUGGAGUUUGUUUAUGCAUGUUUUGAAAGGCCGUAGUAAUAUUCACGAUUUUAAAAUAAUACAUUUCGUACAUUUUCCCGUUUUUCCUAAGUUUUUUCCCAUUUAUUAUAGAAAACCCUAGGAAAAUCCCUAGAAAAAAUUAACGUCCUUCUUUAAGUACCGCCCCAGUCGAAUUUCCUUUCAGAAAAAACGCAACACUAGAAAAUAGGAACGAAAUUUCUAGGAAAAGUUGUUCACAGAAAAAAUAAAACAAACAUUACUGUACAACCAAUUCAUUCCUCGGUCCACUCAAAAUCUAUAAUAGAAUAUUUUGCUAUCGACUAUGUUAUAAAAAUAGGUGCAAUAAUGGCGGUGACCACAUUCGUACGUUUUCGGUCCCGAAAUAACGGUGAAUCCUCUCUCUCUAUCUCGUUCUGUCUGUACCCCCCGACCUUAUUCCCGUCUCCCUGAUUCUAACCUCCCCACCCCCCUAAAACCCAUUUCCCGUAUACACGGCACCGUCGUCCCACACGCAUAUAUCGGACAAACCGCCGUUCGAUCAUGUGACGUACGAUCGUAAAUAAGUCCCGUGAAAAAUCCGACGGGCGUAGCAGGUUUAAUGCGAGGCCAUUUUUUGCGCAAGACGGUCGCGCGUAGUCUCCGUAUGUGUGCGGUGCACCUACGAGAAUUCGUUGCGUGCGCCCACGACCGUACGUGUUUUUUUUUUCCCUUUCCGUUUUUCUCGUCCUAUUUCUACAAACGGAUUCGAUUCCUUUAUUGCAUAUGUAUAUAUACAUAUAUUUUUUUCAAAACUAAAAAUAAAAAAAUUGUUUUUACAAAAUCCAGUGUACAACAGGCAUUGUGCAAUAUUGCGUACUCAUGUAUUUCGUAGCGAAAUUUCGCCGUUACGAAAUAUUUAUUAAUUUCGAAUCUCGAAAUAAAUUGUUUACAUAAUUUACAAUUUACCAUUAACUAAACUAUUUUAACGUGGAAAAAUCGGCGAACCAAUCGAUAUUAUUUAGCAUUAUUAGCCGCGGUGGCAUUGAAAACAAUAUUUAGACAUUAGUAUGAACGCAAUACUCGUUACAUUGUAAUGAUUCAUCUUUAUUAAAUAUUUGUUACGUCAACAUGUGCGUUUCAAAUUUUAUAUUUAUAAAAUGGCUUUAUCGGAGUUUUGCUUUUGAAAAAAUGAUACAAAAAUACGAAAUAGAGAAAUCGUAACACGCGGCUAUAGCCAUCAAUACAGGGGAAGAAACGUAAACAUUUUGAACAGGACAAAAGUUAUUUCGGGCGUCACAUCUUCGUGUUACAGCCUGUACAUGUAUUUUUCACCUCAUUCCCUUCGCUCACACAAUCUGUACGACAGUACGUAUAACACGUUACGCGAUAAUAUAAUCACACGACCGUGUACAAAAAAUAUAAAUAUUAAUAAAAAAAAAGUUCACGUGAACAGCGGAGCUCUGUCACUAGAGGAGUCGAUGUUUUCCCCGUGGUCGAUUUGUCUCUGUAACAAUAUUUCAUUUCCCCCUCCUCCUCGAGCAUAAUCGAUCUAAAAACACUUAUGGUUGCUAGUUUUGUAAUAUUUAAGUCCGCAUUUAGGGAUAUUUCCAAACUGGUUUAAAAUCGUGAAAACAUAACUCUUUAGGUAAAUCCCAAAAAUACGCAUGCCAUUAAUAGAUAGGUCAUGCAUAUAUCAAAUUUUAUCCUCCCGGCUUCAUUGCUGGAGUCCUCGGGCGUAUACGGAACUAAAAUAACACUUUGAGCUAAUUUGAUCAAAAAUCAGCCGCUAAAAGUAUAAACAAGUAGCAGUACAAAUACAUACAUAAAUUAUAAAAUAUAUACAUAUAGCAAACACAAUGUGCAGUGCAACAGUCUUUGUUGUUAGGGAAAAUUCGACGAAACAUUCUGCAAAUUAAAAAAAUAUGACGAUAAUACCAGUUUAAUUUCUGUUGAUUUCUGGCUUGUAUACAAAAGGAAAAUCGGUUUUAACGUUGUAACUCUUAUAACCUAUUAGUUUUUCAAUAGUUUAUCCUUGCUCUUAUUAUUGGAACUAAAUUACAGUAUAUUCGAUAUCUUUGAAAAUUCACACCUACAAUAUUGGUGUACACAUCAUGCAAAUAUGUCCGGUUUAAUUAUUUUUUUCAAAUAUACCUGUUAGCGUGGUAGAAUAAUUCUGAAUUAUUGAAAAACACUACGGUGAUAGCACAGUAGAAUUUCAAGUUGCACAAUACAUAUAUUAUUAUUCUGCAAAUCGGUAUACAAAUACUAUAAUUUUCCACUAUUUUAGCUCACUCGUGAUGAUUGUUUCGGUGGUUAAAAUUUCAAUAAUCACUAUUUCGACCCGACUAUAAAUUAUUAACGUUCGAACAUCAUCAUUGCCAUAAUUUUCCGAAAAUCGCAUAAAAAUGAUAUGUUACACUGUAUCAUAUGCUGCGUAAAAUUCUGACGAAGACAAUAUUACGUUUUGAUUAAUUUAGUUACCUAUCAUGAUGAACCGUUUUAUUAUUUUUUUUUUUUAAAAAAAAAACAAGUCAUUUUAAUUGAUACAACGAGUAUAAAUAUCAUGCACGGGAGAUUGUCGGUUUUUUGCACUCUGUAUACAGUGGCUUAGACUGGAUUCAUCUACGGUGGGGGAAGGAGGUUGGAAGUUAAGGGAUUUUAGGGAUACACGACAUGCUUAAGGUUACCUAUCGCUAAAAAAAGCAAUGGGAGGACAGUAGGUUACAACCUCCCUGGCUACGCCACUGUCUGUAAAUUAUGUGUAUGCCGAUUUAAUUUAUGUCACCAGCUCUACGCGUAUAAUAUAAACAUAUAACAAUAACAAUAAUACAUUUGGGUAGUAUUCCCGGCGACGACAACGGCCGUGUGAGGACGCGAAACUUUACCGUGGGUUUGUGAUUAGGAAUCCUUUGGGAACAUCGGCCUACUCGCGUAUGAUAUGUGUGCGCGUACUUACGUAUUAUAUAAAUCUUCGUAUUUCCCCCCUCCCCACGCCCGCCCCGUCGGCAGACCUAAGCCCCGGGAAUAUCUACAUUACUACCCGUAAUCUCCUCCCGGUCGGAUGGCCCGGUAGGACGGCCCGGGACGACGAGCAAAGGUUUUACCAUAGAAUAAAAUAUCGUCGACGAGAGCAUCACAAUAUCGUCGAUACGCAUUUAUCGUUGCCGAAAAAUAAAUAUUUAAAUGCGCUACGUUAAUUUUUUUUUUAUUAUUAUUAUUAUUAUUUUAAUUUUGUUUUAUCUGUUCUGGGAACAGGUGUACACGAAGAGUAAUAUCUAUUCCGCAAAAAAAAAAAAAAAAAAAAUUAUAAAACGCAAUAUCCAUUACGGCGACCGCGGCGGUAUAGUUUCGUGUUAACGCGCGCAUAAACAUCGAGUUUUGUUUUGUUUUUUUUUUUAUCUGUUGCUUCGACGAAUUGGCCUAUUGUUUUGGAUUUAGCCGUAUAUAACGUACUACAGUAGCCACACACACACACACACACACACUCGUCAUUCGAGUAAAUUUUCGAAACCCGUAUCCGACCGUAUAUAACAGACAGGAUAAUACAAUUUGGGUCGUUUUUAAAACGUAUUUACGAGCCGCGUGUUUUCGUAUUGACCGUAACAGUAUCAUGUCAUAUUUCAGGAAAACAACACUCCGCGGCCGCGUGUCAACAGUGAAAUAUCGUCGAUUUUCUGUGUUGGGAAUACACAAUUGAUAAAAUGCAUUCGUGUCGUACGCGCAUCACAAAUUUACCAUCGUAUUAUACUUUAUACUAAAAUUUAGCAACGAUUCAUAAUAUCAUAUCAUUUUUAACUAUUUAUAAUUAUUAUGCGUUACAUAAACCUCGAUAAAUAUAAUUUCCGUCGAUAACGAACGAUCACCGUCGGUUAAACCAACCGGUUUAGGGUCUCGGAAGUCAAUACUAGAGUGGUCCGAAAAAUAAUUUUUUUUCGCAGUCGUAUGUUUAUAUUUUAUUUAAAUUUGCGUGACAAUACCGUCCAUAGAAUGAAGGUAAAUCGUCAGAAUGCAAUUAGGAUAACUAUUUGAUAAGGAGAAAAUCGAAUUUAACAGAGUAAUUAGCCACGAGACGUAAAAAUUGAAACAAUGUCGAUAAACUGACUAACUGAAAUAACCCUUGAAAAACGUUUUCGUUGUGCAAUCUCCUGCGUUUUGUCUACCGUGGACAAUACUGAUCGUAUUUCAACACUCAGUACGCUAAUCCUUAAAACAACUAGACAGCCUACUGUAUUAUAUAGAGUCUCAUAAGAGGUUUAAAGACUAAAGUCGUAUGUAUUAAGAUAACUAAUUACAUAUAUUGUUUACACCACGAAUAUACGUGAACAUAUAGUAACAAUUUGUGAUUAAUCAAAUAUUCUUCGUGUUAUCACAUUUUAUAUUAAUUAUAGAAUAGAUAAUUCAACGGCAUAAGUAAACAUUGUACGUGUUAAUCAACGAAAUUCGUUCUCUUUAUGUACGGCAGCCCAAUAAUUUCGGACUGUCUCGCACGCCGCUAACGGGUGUCUGUUUUAUAUGCCUAUCUGAACGCUCAUCACGUUAUUUGAUUACGACACUUGGGUUACGUACCUGAAAAAUAAUAUUUAAAUUACAUUAGCCUUACAGACAAUAUGAGUAGUGGCUUUAAACAGUCUAAACCGUUAUUAUAAACCGGGUCUAUAGUUUGUAAUCUUGUCAAUUGUGCGUGCACAUAUACCUAUAAGUAUACGAGUAUACUACUGUAGUGUAUACCGAUGGCAUGUGGGCAACAUACGUUUUCUCUGCGGACAAAAGGGUCGAAUGAAUUUUCAUUUAGAGAAGCGACGGUUGAAUAAUAAUAAUAUUUCAUCGUGGACAAAUGAUAUACGCCGAGCCAAUAGUAUAAACACAACGGAUUAACAUCAUAAAGCCUCGUUAAUUAAAUUUCGCUCGUUGAAUAUUACAUUUAUAUCAUAACAUACAGAAUAAAAAGUUACCUAUCUGCGACGGCGUUCAAACUGUUUUAAUUUUAAAAUAAAUCCAAUUACAGUGCGUAUAGGUAAAAUAAAUAAGGGAGGGUGGGGGAAAAUGCUUAAAAAUUAUCACUAUUAUAGGACAGAUUCGCACGAACAGUAGAAAUAAAUGUUUCAAGGACGGUUUUGUACGCGAUAAAAAAAAAACAACACCGGUUUUUGAGUUAUAACAAAAUCAUUUUUAAUAUUUAAGAAAAAUUUCGAUUUAAUAUUCCGUUUUCCGAGAUAUUUCCAUCCAACAAAAUAUUAUUAUAAUACGCGUCACUAAAACAUAUCGGAGCGUCAAUUAUUCAGUGAUUCAGACGAUACUUUAGCAGUCCUAUUUUUACCGAGAACACUGACUUCCUCGGAGCACAAUUAAAUUUGAGGCAUUGACGGUAAAACCGCGUCUUAACAGAGUAUCGUAUCGUGUUACCGAUGUUUUAAAUUUUUGAUAAGCAAUCAACAGAGCCUAUCAAUCAUAAGCUUAUCAGAAAGUUCCGUUUGUGUGUGUGAUUUGUUUCAAGUAGGGGGAGUGUUAAAAAGCUAACGGGGUCGUUUCAUUCGUAAAUAUAACGUAGGAAUAAUAUUUAAAAAAAAAUAAACAUUUUCGAUAAUAUUAUAACAUAUCUCGGGUACACGGAAAAUAUACUGGCUGAAAAAUCAAAACACGACUGUGCUUACGAACCGAUAAAUUUUAAAAUGCAACAAAAGAGGUAUUUUAUCGCUUAACGAUUGUUUUCCGGUAAAAAAUGACAAAUAAAUCAAGCCUAGUGACACCAACAGUUCCUUGGCUACGUUCGGAAUCCAAAAAUAUUCUCAAUUAGACGCACUCGCUGCAAAUUAUUUUCGCGAGCUAACAGCAGAGACGCGCCACAGCGCGCCGUGUUUCGUAUCGCGUAUGCCGUACGCGCGUUGAAUGUAAACGUUUAUUAAACAUAUUGUAUCAUCAAAGUAUAGCAAUCGACAUUUGUACCUUUGUAGUGUCGCCCGUGCGUUUUUUACGCUUCGUGAACACGUAUAGAAUAGUUAAACGUUAUCGCGUACGUAUAGAUACACGAAAGACCGGAAAGAGUAUGGGUAAUUCGUCAGAUCGAUGUGAUAAAACAAUAUAAACAGUAUUCAGUCAUUCGCGCUUUGCCGGCCCCUUUAAAUGUAUUAAUAAUAAUGUGACGUACGCUAAUAAUAUUAUUGUUGUGCAAUUUAUUGCGCAUUGAUAACCGACCGUAGUUGACCCGGGUAGGUCGGCCGAAUAAUUCGCCUAUUGGCGAAAAACAAUGUUGUGCGUGCGAGUCGUACGAAAAGUAAACGUAUCAUUUAUAAUAACAUGUUAUCGAUUAUACGAGAAUAAAAUAUUUGGCAAUUAAUAUCGAUUAAUCGCAGCCGCGGGCCGGUUGAUAUUCUGCAUUGAAAAACAAACGAAAACGAUGAUUUGGUAUAUCAUUAUAUUAUAUGUUGUCACGGUCCGCACGUGUGCAUUCUGUCUCUUGCGGUUUUUUUUUUUUUUUUUAGUCGGUUUUCACGCUGUUUUACGUAACGUCACGGUUUUUUUCUUAAUUUUAGAUUUUGAGCAAAGCGAGGCAUGUAUUGGUUUAUUUAUAUGGCCUAUGAUAUGUUUUUUUUUUUUUUAAUAUUAUUUCCGUGCCUUUAAAAAACUUUUCUAACACGAAAAUUGCUCGAACCAAAAACUUUAUAGGAACUUUCUUGUAGUAUAUUGUAUCUAGUCAAUACAUUGAGGAGAUCGUUUUUUUCCUCGUAGCUUUUUUAAUACUUAGUCGACUGGAAAAAAAAAACGGUAAAAGUACGACUGAUAAAUACUCUAUUCAGAAUCGUUGUUCGUCAACAACGGUUUUUCGUUGCGUACAGAUAUAAAUUAAAUUAAUCUACUGUGCCAUCCCUAUUUUUCAUCAUCCCUCCUGGAACAGCAGUAUUGGCCUUUUUAUAUAACAUAACAUAAACGUUUGAUGUUUUUACUGUCAAAAAUGUAUUAAUUUAUUUAUAAUACAUUGCAAUUAUGAAAACGUUCGAUUCCAAUUGAGCAAAAGAAAAAGAAAACCAAGUGUUUAACUAAGUCCCACUCCGAAUCGUUUUUCUAUGCCGCGCGUCGUCACAGCGUUAUUACUGCGGUGAUCGGUGUGUCCCGUAGGUUUUCGGGGAAAUAAGCUCGAGGGGAUGGUAGAAAGGAAUAAUACGGCAAACUCCGCUCGUCAUUGUUGUAAUAUUAUUAUUAUUAUUAUUAUUACGAUGAUUAUGGCGGUUAUACGACCGUGACCGUUAUUAUGAUAAUAAUACAACGCCGCGGAAUCAAAACCGCGAAAAGAGUUUCGCCGACGACGGCGGGACGACGAUAUCCGUGGGAUAGAGGUGCGCGCGCGCGAGCGUGCGUGUGUGUGUGUGUGUGCGUAUGUGCGGAGAGGGGGUUAUAUUAUAUCGCGGGACCGGGCAGCAGAGACACGGAGGAGGGAGGGAGCGAACGAAUCCGCCGCCCCUCUAUACACACACACACACAUAAAUAUAUUAUUAUAUAGCCACACGUCGACGGGAUUUGAAUUUAAAUUGCCACGACGACACCGGCGCGCAAAAGAACAACAAGACCGAAAAUCACGGGUCUCCGUUCCACGCGCGUCUUUUGCCCUUCCCUCCGCCCCCCAACCACCACCACGCACACCGCGUUACCGUCGUCGCCCGGCCGCGCGCUCCGGGGCGUUCGGACACGCGCGCGCGCUGUCGCGGGCGCAAUGCGAACGUCCCGGAUUAAUUAUUCAUAAAGGAAAUUGGAACGCAGUUUACAAUACGCGCGGGGCCGGCGAACCGGUGGCGGCGGGUCCGCGUACAGUAAUACGCGUCGUCGGCGGUGCGAUUAUGUCGUUGCGGCGCGCACGGUGCCCGACGAUCCGCGUCGCGGUAAUAAUAAUGACGGCGACGCUGAUAGCAGUAACGUAUACCGCAGUGGUCCGCCGCCGUUUGCGGCGAUGACGAUAGUAGCGAUAACAGUGAUAAUAUUGCGAAACGCGACCGCGGCCCGUGAUCAACGCGAGGUAGCCGCGGCGACGGGCGGACCGGAUGCUUUAUCGGUAACGCAAUAACAGGGAGACGGGGCGGGACGUUGACGGGCACUUGGAAUCCGCAAGCGAGAAUUAAAACGGAACACGAAUUCGGACGAGAAGAUCGGCCCGCGAGACCGUGUUUUUUCCGGAAAGUACCUAUUUGCUCGCGACCGAUAACAAUGUUUUCGGAAAGAUAAACGCCACGGAACUGAAUUUUCAAAGUCCUCCCCCCUCCCCACCGUUAUGCCGCCCACGGUAUGGAUAAGGUUUGGAUUUGAAACAUGUAGUAUUUAUUUUAUCGUGCACAGUUAUGUACAAUCAAUCGGAAAUAUCAUUUCGAUAAAAUACGAACAUUGUGACGUAUUGUACAUUAUACGCGUUCUAUUACUGAAAAUCACCAAACAUAAUAAUUGUCAUGACAAUAACAUGAAAUUAUCAUUUCGCGCAAAUAACAUUUUCGAAUAUUCUAAGAAAUAAUAAUUUUCCUGGACAAUGAAUAAUUUCUCGAUUCGUAUAACUUUCCAUAAAAAAAAGCCCCAAAUAUAGUAAAAAUUGUAGAGUUUUGAAAAUCUCCCAUAUAACGGCUUUGACCGGUUAAAUACAAUUAUUUUUAAACCCUACAAAAAUGAUUAACAGAAAGUAUUUUUUUUUUUUAUUAAGUCGGGUUAAUAGAAAUAUACGUCAAACAUUUGGCGAAAUUUCGUUCGUAUGUUAAAUAAUUUAUGCGAGUGUAGACGUAUUCGGCGCAAUACCGAACACACGAUCUGUCGUCCACGGGUUUUUUUUAAGCCGAAACAUAGAUUUGCGUUGCAACAUGUUCGUGGUGAGUUUUACAUUCGACGCACAACGCAAAUUUUUAUCAGUGUGGACCAUCUUAUCACGUACAAUUGAAUUAUUAAAAAAAUGGCUCGGCGUUAGUCAUUUUUCUAGUGUUGGAAAAUGGUAUUUCACAAGUUACAGUCGGUAAAGGGGGAAUUUCAAAACCUUUAUACCGUUUUUACUUUUAUAAAUAUUAAUGUUAAGUGCUUUUUUGACGUAUUUAGGCGGUUUUUUGCGAAACAAUUUAUAGGUACAGUCGAAUAACGGGUGGCAAUAACGUACAUAAUAUAUUCGUUUUACUAUUAUAUGUGUAUGUGUUUUUUUUUUUUGUUUCUGCCUUGUUUUUGCAUCCAGAAAUCUUUUUUCGAUUGUUGACAUCGGCAGUGAAUUUGUCUGGUAGCGAUCUCAUCUAGUCGGUGUCAUUAAAGAGGACUUUUGUUUUUCAUUUUACUUUUCUUCAUGACGGGGGAGCCAUACUACUUAAUUUAUACGUUAUAUACAGUAUACGGGUCAGGGACUAGAAUCGAAACGAAAAGAAACGGUUCUGGAACCGGAAUUUCUGUUCACAAAAAGUGAAAACCCGGAACCGAACUGGAAUUUUUAUUUAACAGAACCGAAAUCGAACCGAUAAAUAUUUUUUAAAAGAACCGGAAGCAUAAAAGCACUGGUAAAAUCAAAUGGUUCCGGUCCCUGGUACGAGAAUAUUAAAUAAACCACCAUUUAUAUCCUAUACUUUUCCCGCGAUAUACUUAUCACCCGCGCAUCAGUAUAGUCUGCACAUGAGCAGUAUCCUAUUUUUUUUACUUAUUUGAGUUGUACCAAACAUUAUGUUCUUCAUCCAUACCAAUUUUUUUCUCGGGUGCUCUGUGCAUAUAAGAUCGUUGAUUCCAAAUGAACAAACUAGUUUGUAACGUUCGUGUAACAGAUACACUUAUGGAAGGGGGACAUGCACAUAAACAUUCAAACCUCCCCCGUUAUCUGCGACAUUUUCGCACAACCAUCGGGAUUUUUUUUUUUAUUAUUAUUGUUUCCUUCGCCGAAAAAACGCGAUCGUAUCGCUUGUUCUGUCAUCGUCAUCGUUGUCAUUGAAAAAAAAAAUCUAAAAUUUCAUCAUUUUACCGUACCGACAAGAAUUUCCGGCGGCAAACGCGUGCAGGCAACGCUGUUAUCUAUCCCGGCGGCGGCGACACACGCACUAAAAAUAAAUGGCCAAUGACUUUUGAUCAAAAAACGGCAUUUCACCCGGUCGAAACGGUCCAUUUGAUUUCAAUACUUUCUGCUCCCCCCCCCAUACACACCCAUGCCGCCGCCGCCACCCCACGUGUUUAUUUCCACCGUACAUUAUGAUAAAUUAUUAUUAUUUUACGGAUAUUUUUGCGCCGCCGGUCCGAUGGGAGUUCUGCAGUGAAGGGUUCCCGGGUGACUGCCACUCCUACACCCCUCUUUCCCUUACCCCCUUACUGUCCUUGGGGCUCUUGAUAAAUGUAUAUAUUGUUGUGUUUAAACUCCGCGCGUUCGAUUUUCAUUUUGUGUUUUAUUUGGCACGUUAAUAUUAUUAUAUUAUCGGUCUAUAAACUGUGUCCGUUAAACGUAUAGAUGGUAGAUUGGUGUCGUAUCGAUUUCGUGUUUAAUUUUUCGCACCGCAAUAAUAAUAUAAUAAAAUGACCGGCAUUGGCGAUGCCACAUAAACAUAUCAGCCCGGCCAUGGUCGCUAGUCUUCGAACGUGACGGGAGACCUACAGUAACGUUUGAGUCCAGCCCUAAGAUUUAUAAAAUGUCUUUUUUUAAUUAUCGACCGUAUAUUCCGGAAAAAGGAGUGUUUUUCAGCCUAAUACGCCCUAACAAGCAUCACCCCUAAUAAAAUUAAUCGAGAAUGACAUUAUUUAUAUGUAUGGUAUAAAUAUCAAAGAUAAUAUGCCAUUAUAAGAUAUAAUAGUAGGUUAUUACGUUAUAAAUUACAGAGCCACCAAAUCAUUGUUGCUGUACCCUUUGGAAAUGUUCAUGUUUUUGUUACAUACUUGACGAAAUUGGAUUAUUUCCAGUUUAGACUGAUUUCCAAACACUUGCGCGUUCAACAAUACGGUUUUUGUUGAACAAUGUUUCCAUUUCUUUUUUUCUGCUUGGUUGCCUCGGUCAUUUCUUGCUUUCAUUUGUUUGGACGUCAACGAUCGGCCAAUUUAUUUUUUAGUGAACUUUUCUCCCCAAAAUUGCUAAUCUCUGUUCCUUUAUUACAAAACGUUAUAAUUUUAUUUCCAAACCACCGCUUAAACCAAAAUAUAUAUUUAAUCUUAUUAUUAUUAUUAUUAAAGUUGAAAAUGUUAGCAGGAAAAAUUACAGGUUACCUAUUAUCAUUAAACCACUUACAAUGUUUUAUCUUCCAAUUCAAAUUUCCUCGAUAGGUCCUACGUUAUUUUCUAGGUCUUAAGCCGACUUUAAAAGGUCAACCGACGAUGGUGCAUAAUUAAAUAUUAUACUCUACAACGGCCGGCGAUAGGAGUACGGGCUAUUAAAAAUAUAUAAAAUGCUAAUUAAUCCGACCGUGUCGUGUUGUCCUGAAACAUUUUACGAAAUCGCAUUAUUAAGUCGUAAACGAAAAUAAUAUCCUGAAGUACCGUUAUCACGUACAAAUGGAUUUAUUGCCCGAUAACACGUAGGUACCUAACCUAUAAUACAAAAUAUGAAUAGGUACACCGUGACUAUACAUUAUUACGCAAUAAAAUUUAAAAUAAACAACCGCGUGGCCGGUACCCGAAUCGAUUUAAUUGUAAACAUUCAAGCGAUUCCUGAAUGUGGAUUUAUUUCUAAACCGUUUCGGCAUAAAACUGUAGUAAAAGCUUUUUUUAUUAUAAAACUGCGGUCUUUUAAAUUUCAUGCUUAGAUCAAAUUUUUGAUAAAAAAAAACAAUUUUUAUAAUCAUAAAUUCUAAAUUCUUAUUUUUGGAGGUGAAUCGACUACCUACUUUUAGUUUUUUAAAUAUCAAGCUACAUUAAAAAUUCCAUAAAUAGAUGGAUUAUUGGUUUCAAUACAAUUUGGUAUUGCUAUUUAUUUUUUAAAAUAUUCCACUUUUAAGUUUUGGUAGGAGAAGAGUAGCUAAACAUUAUUAAAACACCAAGCACUGUACCCAAACGACGCUCCACUAAACGCUCUCCCUUUAAUCCCAUGAAUUACACGAAAAGUUCGUGUUUAAAACACGAAAUGACUAUCAAAACCGUAAAUAUUGAGGUCGAAUUCAUAAUAUUAUAUAAAUUUUGGAUAAGUAUCUUAGGUUAUGAACGCAGUAAGGAACGUAUUGGUUUUACUGUGAUAAUAUGUGAUUUUUUAAAUUUGUUUUCCUGUUUUUUUUUUUUUUUUUAUUGAAUUUUCCAACAGAAAUCUUAUCUAUUUUCAUUAAACACAAUUCUUACAGUGUUGUCCAACUUUUAGGUCUAAGUGUACUGAAAUAACUUUUUUUCCUUGACACACGGCUGAAAUAUGUAAUAUCAGCAUAAAAUGAUUAAAUAAAAAUACUCAUCACUGUUGUUUUUGGUAAUCGAUGAGGAAUCAGAAGGAUAUAAGAACCCCUAACCUCUUCCCUCCUUUACCCGUAUCACUGACUUUAUACCUAUAAAAUGUGAUUAUUUAUUUUCGUCGCCUAAAUCUUAAACCACUAUAAUUUAUUGUGUCCGUAUGUGACGUCCCGAUGGCUAUUACUACUAUUACACCACCAGCCCAUUUCCGAAAUCAUAAUAAUACCAUAAAUCCUGACGGUUUAUAGAUAUCUAAGUGCUAUACCUCCAACUAUCGUGUGUACGAAGCGUUUUCAAUGAUUGCGUAAUACGAACACGGGCGUAUAGGCCGCUAAAACGUGCGUUGCAUCGGUGAAAUAUUAUAAUGUUUGAUGAGAAAUCGAAAAAAAACAACCGUAUUGCUGCUGCGGCGAUGUUAUUAUAUUAUUAUUUUCUUCGGGAAAUCGUUUCGUAAAAGAAAAACGUACCUUAUCGGUUUCAUAAAAUAUCGUGUACUUUCCUAGAUAUGUUUUCCGUUUAAUGGGGGAAAAAAAAAAAAAAAAUAAUAAUAAAAAAAUGCCGUGCCGUUUCCUCCGUCACCGUUGUAAAUCACACACAGACACACUCGUACAACAUUACCUACCUACAUACGUAUACGCUGCUGUAGUACCAACUACAUUUCUGUUUUUUUUACGAAUCGUAUAAUUUUACGAGUUUUUCUCUAUUCCUCCCGCGGCGCGGCGUGACGUGAUUUGGAGGGUAUAGUUAUAGGGGGAUAGGUAGGGUAUACCUGCAGUGGGGCUCCAAACGAGAGUAGGUCUGUGACAUGCAAUGCAAGAAAACGGCACGCAAGGCGUACACUAUAAAAUAUACAACUAUUUCCCUAUAAUAUAUCCACGUUAGAUUAUUAUUGUUAUUAUUAUUAUUAUACACGAUAUGAUAUGACUAUAGAAAACUGUUAGUCGUGUAUAUGAGUAUUAUAUAUUCCUCCGUCCUCCCCCCUUUCUGACCUCGUAUAUAUGCGUAUGGUCGUGCGCGAUCGUAAAUUUUGCCGUGUGUAUAAUCACUUCGAACCAGCAUUAUAUCGAUGUUGAUUUCAGUUUUGAACACGUGUUGUGCAGCGCGCGGCUAAAUAAUAUUUCCAUGCAGGUAUAUUGGCGGCAACUGGAGUCGGGCGAUACAGAACGUGUUUCAGAAUUCGACAUUCAAUACCAAUACUCGAUUAUCGACGUCUAUUCGUUUAAAAAUAAAUACGAAACACAAAACGUUAUAAUGUUCUAACCGUUAAUAUUAUUUAAAUAAUAUCAUAUUGCGUAACGAAUAAGCAUCUAUUAGCUUGGUUAAAAAACUAUUAUUUAAAAUUCAAACGCAAAAACCUGCUGAAUUAUUUUUUAACCGCAGACGUGGCUUUCACGUCAUCGCUUAUUAUAAUUUAAACGUAAUCAAAUAUCGAAACCGCAAUUUUAUAGUCGAUAUUAAUAAGUAUCGGAAAUAUCGAUGUCUCUAGUCAUAGUGGUAACUUUAUGAUAUUACGCGGAUGUCUUUGUCACCAGUGACAGAGAUUUUAUUAGUUAUCACUGGUAUACACCUGGCAUUUAGGAAGGAAAGCAGGCGAAAAAAUCACAGCCGGCUGAAUUUUCUUUCCGUGACAUUUCAAUAAUACAUGCGCAGUUCACAACUGAAUUCAGUCAUAACUAUCCGUAUCAUAUGGCUAGUUGUUUAACCGUGCGUGUAAAAUAUGCGCAAUAUUAUAUCGGUUUCUCGAUUUAUAAAUAUUAUUAAUUGUUUUAUUAGUGUAAUUGAUCUGGUCGUAUUGAAAAAGUAUAUAUCCAAUUAUUUUUAUAUGGUUACUUAAACUGAGGUUUUAGUUAUUUGAAUAAAUCACAACCCCGCGAAGACAAAAUUAAUGGUCACUUCCCGAACCAGGAUCAAACAGAAAAAAAAACACCUAGUAUAGUACUUAUACCGUAAAUUGCAUUGUAUGACCUAGUGUCGCUUUCGGCACUCUUUAAGAACGAUCGAUUGGGCGACAUUAAAAUUAUGAGUCCCAGAUGCGCCGUAUUUUAUAUUUGAAAAUGUUAUUAAAGUACGUCGUAAUGCAAUGAAGCCGUCAAAAAAUGUUAUUUAAAACUGUAUUAAAAUGUAUAUUAUUAACCUAAAUAAACAAACUUUGAUACUGCUUGGGGAUAAUCCACUAUUGCAGAUGGAUAAUUGAGAAAGUAAAGGAUAUAUAUUGCAUUAUGAAACGAUAAAUCGUUGCCAACGAAAAAUGAUCCUGAGUGGAAAAGAAUUAUCGUGUUUUUUCCAUUAUUUCCAUGAGAACUCAGAAGUCAACAAAAAUAUUUUUAAAAAAAGGACCCAUUAGGUUAACUAUUGCGAUAUAUGUUUCAAUUAAAAAUCUAUUGUGUGCGAAAAAACUAAAGUAUUUUCUAACCAAAAAAAAAUAAAAAUAAAAUUCACCUCUUUGGUGGUAUAAGUAUUUAAGUAUUAGGAAUUUCUGAAGAAAAUGUUUCCGAUAAAGUAUCGUCAGGCGAAAAGUCCACAUCUUUUAAAGUAAAUGUAUGCCGUGAAAAAUCGGAGCAUUUAUACUAACUGAAAAAGGAUUUUCCAAGAGAAAAAAACAUACAGCAUGAUACGAUCAUAAAACUAAUAGCUUUUUCUUAGAAUCUAAAACUCUGCACAGAAUUAUAAUCCAAUUUUGUUAAGUACAUUCAUAGGUAUACAAUAUCAUUCUGAUAUUUCGAUUUUUCUUUGAGUAAAUUUAAUACUAAACACUCGAUAAACAGCACUUAUAUUUUUUCCUCCCAAAUAAAUACAAUAAACGUGUAUUUAUACUGUAUUUCAUUUUGUUGUUUUAAAAACGAAAUUGUACAAUAUCGCAUACCUGACCAUAUCAAUUUAAUACAAUUUAUAUUCAACCCUACUACUACACAAUUCCAAACUCAAAGAAAGGUAAAUGUUUUCAAAAAUAAAAAAAAGACUACUCCGCCACAACGGUCUUAUUAAUAAUUCCACGUUGAAUUUAAAAAGGAUUUAAAAAGUUUAUGCCAAGACGGGGUAAUUAAAAAACAAUAGAAAUUAUAAUAGGUUUUACCCAUGAUAAAAAAAAAAAUGAUCAGUGAACUCUGAAGAAACGUGAAGUUUAAUUUAUUCGGUCUUAUAAUAUAUAAAGGACCAGCGGUGAAGGACAAUAGCGAAUAACUAGCGGCGAAAAUGAAGACUUGUUUUUCCCCUUGAAAUUACCAACACAAAGAGGAUCAUUACGUUUGGGACUUUACAAGAUUUCGAAGUAUUUUCACUCGGGACCGUAUAGUCGAGUGCCGAGUGGCAUACCUUAGACGAUUUCAGACGAAACUCUUCGCGGUGUCUUCUAGAUGUUUACCUUGAUGUAUUUGAUGACGUUCUUAGUGCACACAACUUUUCAAAGCUGUAAUUCCAACGACAUAGUAAUAUAUCAAACAUUUUCGUUCUAAUCAAAGUUUCUCUUACACUAUUAAAUAUACUACAUCAAUGGAGACGAAUUCAAACAAAAAUCCUAACUAGUCUAACGAACUAAGCGCAAUAAUUAAAACAUAUUAUUAUGCCAUUCGUUUUACUCAUGUUUAAUUUCGAAUUAUUAUAGGGUUGAAGUAAUGUUGUUAAUCUUUUAAUGCAUCUGAAAUUAAUAUCUUCAGUUUUAUGGGUAAAGUCCAAUCAUUGUAUUCGGAUAACAAAUCCACAUUUAUUGAAAGAGACGGUUUUGAUUUUCGUUUCAGAUCCAAACUUAAAUUUGAAAACUCUUGUAAUAUAUAAAUAGUAAUUAAAAAUAUAUAAAAAAAAAAAAAAAAAAAGAUAAUUUCAACACAAUAAAAUUGUAUAUUUUUAAUAUUCAAUAAUUAGUAAACUAAUCAUGAAUUAUGAUUAUCUGCAAUUUGUCAAAAAAUAAUAUGAUGGAAAUAAAAAGAUUAUGUUUGAAUAAUAAAUAUGAAACAUGAUAAACAUCAGCCAACGACAUUUUCUAUCAUUCGACGUUCACAAGAUAAGAAUUGUUAUUUUAUAUUAAAUUUGUAAAAUUCAGUUCGUAUAUACUUAUUUACUCACUGUCGUCAGAGUCACGGGGUUGUCAAAAGUUUUGACGAACAUUAUUCCAGCAAACUUGUGUCUUUUGGGUCGGACCGUUACCAGAACGCGCGCAAGUUAUUCACAAUGUUUACUAAUUUAAAAGUUUUUUCAGAUUGUUUUCCUUACAUGUGCAACAGAAGUUGCAUGUAGUGUGUUUUUUUUAUUUUUUAUGUUUAUACAUGAAAUAUUUCGCUAUGUUAAUAAUUAUAAAUCUUUAAACUAUAUAUUUUAAACGUACACAAUUGUUAUUUAUUUUAACUUAAUUCUUUUUUUUACAGAAGAAUGCGAUGAAGCACUCGGUAUGGAGUCCGGCGCUAUUCCGGAUUCUGCGAUCACGGCUAGUUCAUCUUAUAAUGUACCGAACGUUGGACCGAGUAACGGAAGGUAAUAUAUUUUAUAAUUAGGUAAAAGGUUUUUUUUCCCCGUGGAAUAAAUAAAUUUGAGUUUACUACGAUUUUGAGCCCCUUCCGUGGCGAAUUCGGAAGAGGGCGUCAUAUAUUAAAUUGCAUUUAUACACAAUAAUAAUUCGAGCAAAAUAUAUUUACAUUUAUUGUAAAAACCAUUUUUCUUGAGAUUAUUUUAAUAAAUGCAAAUUUACUUACUACAAUUAUUUGUACUUAGUUGAGUAAUUAGUGCUAACGUUCAAUCAAUGAAGUAGACUGGAUAAGAUCCAGUUUAUUGUCCCAAAGACUAUAACGGUCCAAGUUAGGUUGAUACCUGAUUUUGUUUUAUUAAUAUUAUGUAGUUACAAUAUAAAUGACAAUUGUCCGUAUUUUUUUCUAUAAAUUUAUUUAUAAUAUUGAACUUAAAAUGCAUGUACUUACAAAUAAAUUACGUCAUAACACACGCCAUUUGGUUUUACUAUUGAGUAAAACUUUAAAUGAAUCUGGUUUAAAAUUUUUUUGAAUUUACAUGAACCCACAAAUUGAAUCCACACAUAACCAAAUAAAUUGCGAAUAUUUUAAACAGUUAUAAAUAACACGAAAAUCCUAGAAUAUUUUACUAUAUCUUGAAAUUACUAAUAUAGGUAUAUUAGUAUUUAGUAAAAAUGUCAAAUCUCUAUGAUUAUUUUUACAGUAACAAUUUUUAAUUACAAUGAAAAAUACCACAUCGAUAGUAAAAAUAGUAAUUUUCCCAUGAAUACACCCAUUGUUAAAAAAAAAAACAAUGAAAAAAUUGCCGUUUCAAUACACUAACUAAACAACAUUUUCUAUCAGAAACCACAACUGAAAAUGAUGACCGGAACAAAUUUUUUGGGCGAAAACUCAUAAAAAAAACAUGUUAUUAAUACAAAUAAAACAUUUAAAGCAUAAUCACUGGAACAAGCGGCCCACAACCUAAGUAAUACUUAAUGCUAGAAGUGACCCGCUGUUUUCUGGAAUAAUAAACUAUAGGAUCAAUACACCCCUGUGUGCAAUGAUCAUUAGAAAUUAUUAAAUCAGUAAUUAAAUCAUAAUUUUAAUAAAAUUGCUAGUUUCACUGCUAAAUAGUUUACAUCGUUUUUUUGCGCUUACACGGCCAACGGACGGCAUGAGGUACCUUAGCUACCUCCGGGUAGACCACCGAACUCCUUUACAACUAAUUGGUCGGUUUAUCUAAAACAAAACACGUUUAUAACCGAAAUCAUUUAUGAUAUUUAAAAAUAUAAUAUUCAUUCAUAUUAAUCUAUACGUAUAUUUAUGUAUUGAGCACGCGUAUAUACGCGAAUAAGUUUAUAAAUCUAAAGAAAUAUAUCUAUGGGAGUUACCGGUAUUAGAUUGAUCACUACGAGUAUACCUUCGGAACGAGCAGUGAUAAGAUUCACAUUUGUAUUCCGAAAACGACAUCGCAGUCCCGUGAAAUUGUGUCCUCUCUCGAGUAAAGAAUCUUCUUCGUUUAUUUUAUUUUAUUUUUAUUUUUUUUUUUUUUUAUCAUAUUAUAUUCGUUAUCUUGGCUAUUUGAGACCAUCCUUCUUCUAUCGCCACCUUACACUCCUUUCCUUAGCCAACCAUCGUUUCUUAAAGCUAUUAUUAUUAUUAUUAUUAUGCGGUGUCCGAUUAUUAUUAUUUUUUUUUUUCAAAAUUCAUCUAAUAUCAUUGUUACAACAUUAUCUCAUAUUGUUGUCUGCAGUAUUUACGAAUUUAAACGGGAUGAGUUUCGUUUUUCCGUUGGUUUUUCAGAAAAACGUAUUUUUAGUUUUUAAACUUCGUUCAAACGGUUUCCCACCUCUCAUUUUCUGACGGAGAGCAAUUUUUGAAAAUCAAAUGACACCACAAUAUGUAUAUUGUGUACUACUAACGUUUUGUUAUUUAUAUUAUCAUUUGAAGUUUCAGAGCACAAAGAUAUUAAAAACGAUUUCCCGGUUUAUUCCACAUCUCGUAUCAAAAACCUAAAAUGUUAGUGUAAAUAGUGAACUAUAUAUAGACGAUAUUCGAUAUUUAAACAACAAAAUGUUUAUAUUAGUAAUUUUUCAUAAUAUAAUAUUAUUCUGUGACAAAGCCGAAGGUAAAGCCUAUACAUAAGUUACCGUUAAAACCCACUUUAAACUAAACGGUUAUGAAGGUAAAAAAAUAAUAUUAAGUGUACCUACGAUAACUUCGAUUUUAAUUCAAACAUUUAGUAUCAAAUAUGUAAAUUGUCACUUGAAAUAAAUUCGGGUUUAAAAGGAUAAACGUAAACAACAAUUUUGAUGAUCAUCUAUUUAAUAUUUUUGUAGGAUGUAUAAAAUUCUUAAAGUUAAAGAAAGUAAAAAAUCAGUAGAUAUGUUUACACCAGAAUAUCUUCGCUCUAAUGACGAUAUUAAUAAAUUUAAGUAUGAAAUUAACGGUAACAUCUCCAAGAACUCAACUGGAUUUAACACAAAA